UAUUGCACACUUUUUUUAGUGUCAUCACAGAAUCAAUACAUUUAGAUUUAGAUUAUUCGUUAUAUGAAAAAGCAAGUCUUACAGAUUGUACUGUUGUGAGUAAACUUAACAUAAUAAAGGAUCGUGUACAGGAUGUUAAAGGGAUAUUCCGAGGUAAAACUAAUUUAGGGUCAAACACACGUAAAACCGAGUUAGACACCCCCUCGAGAGAUGGAUGUUGCUGAGCCAAUGUGAAUGCAGUGAUACAAAUGAUACCCACUAGGGAAGGCCAAGUACCUGAAGCAAGUAAGGCCGGUCCUAAAGAGUCAGUAGCUAUGCCCUGCCAGUGAUGCUGGCCAAAGGAGGAAACUCAGGCCACAGAUGUUAAACCUUGGGCCAGUCCAUUACGGACUACAGCGGGGGUGAUGCAGCUCAAGGAAGAACAUUUAUGAUCAUUUCUUUAUCAGACCCAGUAGUUUUUCUGCCUUAGCAUCUUGGUCUGAUUGUAUUUCCAUGAAGAAAUUAUCAUUAAUGUUCUUCCUUGAGCUGCGUCACCCCGCUGUAGUCCGUAAUGGACUGGCCUACAAACAAGCGGCUGCUGGAAGAGAGUAGAUGAGUUGUGUUUAGUCUCUUUGCUAAAGAAAUUUGUCGAAGUUAAAAAGAUGUUUGGUGUCUAGUACUAUGGCUGUGACCCUAUAUGUCCUGUUGAUGAAGUUAGGUGCUGUUCUGAGCAUUAUUUGUGGCUAUAGAGUGGCGUUUUGGUUGAGCGCGUGGCUUUGUGUAUUGCUAUCUGCGGUCGUUACUAAAGCUGGUAUAACUAGAGAUUCAAGCGGUCAACAACAUUCAUCUCUCAAGGUGGUGUCUAACUCGGUGUUUCGUGUGUUUAACCCCAAAUUAGUUUUACGUUGGAAUAUCCCUUUAAGACUGACUAAUGUGUAGUUGUGUGGGAACAUAUAUUUUAAUCUUUUAUGGUCAUACAUUGACAUAUUAAUAAGGUUUACAAAUAGUAUUUUACAGAAUAAAAGUGUCAUAACUUCACUGUUGUUUGAGAGUCUGCUGGGUACAUAAUAAAAAACAACUGAAAUGUAAGACUGCUCCCACUACGUGAUCCUGUUGAGGUCUUUAUAAUUACUACUAUUAGAGGUAACGCAGCGUGAUUAUAUUUUACACAUGUUCGUUUGUCUUAACAUGCAUACAAACCAAAUCUGCUCGUGUUUAACUCUAAGCCAUUGUAAUCACACAUGAUCUGCGGUUUUUCCUCUGUUUACUAAGAAGCAGGGGAGUCUAACCGGAGGCUUUGACAAAAAUAGCCCUCAUUGAUUGACUCGAGCCCACACUCAACCUCUGACUUUGCAACUAUUAAUCAGGGAUUAUGCAAAUGCGAAGAAAAGCGCGUGCACAGAAACCGCUUUGGCUCCUUAUUAUUAAACUUGAACACCGCUUGGCAGUUGAAACGCACCACCCUCACCGGAGCUCUAAUCUCCUCUUUAUUCCAUCUUCCUUUUGUUUUUAUCGCUCGGUCGUUUUUUUUCUCUCCUCUUUUUUCCCCCUCUUUCCUCCCCUCCUUUUUUUUCUACCGGGGACUUGUGAAUGGCAGCCAAUGGGAGGGUUGAGUCCCCUCACAGCCUCUCAGCCUCCCUGACAUCCACACACAGCGAGAAGUGAUGCAGCGCGACUGAGACGCGCAGUUGAGGUGGAACAACGGGCAACAAAAAGCUGCAGCGAACGGAUACACUCUGCACCCCGACGCUACGCCCGAGGUGGAAAAAAAACUGCCUUCGUUAGAAUAAAACUUCAUUAUCAGGUGAGCCGAGUCUUUGCUUUAAACUUGCUGUGGAGAUUUGCGCCUAUUUCUGGCACAUUUCGCGUCUGAGGGAGCAGGGAGAGCACUUAGUUCUUCUGCAGAGAGCAUAUCUGGAAAUGUCCGAGCCGAGGUUAUUCUAGGUUGCUCCUCUCUCACACACACACUAAUGCGAAAUACUUGCGUGUCUUAUAUAAGAGCUUCAUCUCUUGUGUAGAUUCUAAUGAAAUCGAGUAAUUAUUGGAUUUGCUCCGGGGUUUUGCAUGAGGAAUGAGUUGGAAUCGGGAAGUUGUUCGCGUUUAAGUCACAGCGAGGGUCAAUCCUCAGUCAAACUCUAAUAUUUCUCUAAACGUCCCCGUGUUUAAUUCGCGUGUUUUCGUCAGUGCAGCAACUAAACGUGCCCUCUUUUGGUACAAAGGUCCUGCUCGGCGCAGUACGCUCGCCCCUGACGCGCUCCACUGAUGCAAGCGUGCACAUCCCGGCCUCUAAACGCGCAUUUUUUCUUGAUUUUUCCUCAUCAAACUUAAAGCCUAUGUGGAGCAGUUUUCUUUCCACUCCCUCCCUUUUGCACCGAUGAUCCCCCUGCAGCCGGUGGCAAAUCCACGGGAUGCGAAUCGAUGCAGGUGGGACAGCGUGCUCUGAUAAAGGCGGAUGACUGUCUAUCUGUGGUUGCCUGCAGUCGCGCUGUGAUGCCCUGCUGCCUUUUUUCCCCCCCUUUUCUCGCUAAAAGUCAAGCUGAAGGGCCCUUAUUUUGUUGGGAAAACACUCCUGGAGUUGACUCAAGUUCUCCAACCCAACGUGUCCUCCAGGGUUAUUGACUACAAGAUGAUAUCAGUGAUGUGGCUGUGAAUAUUUAAUGCACCCUCUGAAUAAUGCAGGCAAAUCGCUAUAAAAGAAUUAACUGGUCUUCUUUGCUCAAAGUUGCAGGUAUUGACAGGAAAGUAAAAAGGAGGGGGUGUUGUGCAAUCCUCAGAAUUGAAUUUGAGUGCAGGGAGGAAAGUUUCACUGUCCUCCCCUGUUGCCUGCAGAUUGCUGCAUGUUGGUUACUGUGCUGGCUCGAUGGACGCCUGAGGUAAUGCGCCUGAAGCGGGCCAAGAAGUUGUUUGGGGGACUUUUCAAACUACCCGGGGACUUUUCUUCUGCAGUAAUGACUCCUCUGCACACAUGCUUUUUAGCUCGCAAACAAGAGAGGAUGACACAGAGGGAGCUUCACGUGUGUUAUGAGCAGGUUGGCUGAGAUUGUGUGAACCAGGACAGGUUUUUGUGGUCCAGGUUUUUCACUGGCUGGUUUUGAAGUUCAGAGAUGAAAGGGACAGAGCAGAAUCUGUGGCUGAUCAAAGUCAAACAGGAAACACGGCAGGUGCUGAAUAUUUAAAGGAGAUCCUGUGGCUGUGCAUGCAUGUGUGAGGGAUCAUACGCUAUAUGUGAUGUAUCUGUGUUUACCGUUUGUACAAAGACGUUCAAAGUUGGGAGGCAGAGCUGAUUUGACAGGCAGGGCAAUAGACACAUCAGAGCCAUGAGCAUGUUUGAAAUCAGAGCUCUCAUUGGCACCGACAGCCCCUCGCAUUGCAUCUUUCUUUUCCCCUCAAAUGUCUCCAUGUGCGGGUCAUGUGCAGCAGCUUAGGGGACAGUCCGACAGGCUCCGGCCUCAAAAUCCCAGUCCGUCCCCGCGAGCGCUGACGUCACAUGAUGGUGGGUUUACCCGGCGGCCAGACGACGCUGAUGACCGGUGACCCGAGUUGAUUACAUUAUUUGUGCUCCAGAUGGGCAGCAUCAUUUUUGAUGUGUCCUGCUCGUAAUAUCGAACGUUUUCUAGUCCUUCGGUCGACGGCAUCUGGAGCUAAUAAAAUCACAUCCACGGUGGCUUCUGCUGCUGCUGCUGCUGCUGCUGGAGGAAGAGGAGGAGGAGGAGGAGCACACUCCACACACUCCACACUCUCCAACCCCCUGUGGGAAUGUCCGCGGCCUUCUUUCCUCCGCCGAUACUUGCAGACAUUUGUUGAACCUACAUGCACGCAGCGAGUGGCUCUAAUGUGCCGUGUGUGUGUGUGUGUGCGUGUGUGUGUGUGUGCUGGUAAUGUUUGAAGUCAGUGGCAGUCAGUGGCAGACUGAGAGAGCACCCCUGGGCUUUGUAGUUCACUAGAUGCACCUUGAUUGUUUGAGUGCAUUAGUCACGGUCUGCAUGAUGUGAUAAUAAAUCAUGACGUUGUUUUUGCUGCAAGUGCUCCGGGAUUCCUGCAAAGAUUUCCUCGUGCCAAAUACUUAUCUGGAGAGGCUGCUCGAGUCUUACAAACAGCUGGUCCUCUCCCUUUCUUUACUUCUUUCUUUCUUUCUCCUUCAUUAUGAUGCUCCCUGCUGCAGAGGCCAGACUUGACUGGACUGUUUCAUGAAGGACGGCACGAGCGGCGUCUAUUCCCCCUCCCAUAUACCGUGACUCUCUGUUUCAUUUCUUGCAGCUUCUCAUGACCAUUAGUGCAAAUUUCCUGCAGGCACAAUGGAGAGUUAAUAACUGGCCUCUUAGUAAUGAGACAGAUUCCCUUCAGAGACGCCUAUUUAUGGAGCAGUCACAACUGUAAUUGCACAGAAGCCAGAAUAAGGAAACACGCAUUUUUCACCCACAAGUACACAAACGAGUGGAAAAACCACAGCGUUUUAUUUUGGUAUCAUGACCACGACCUUCCCGGUGGAGGUCAACCCUCAUCACAGAGAGGAUUUUCCUUUUUUAUUAAAACUUUUCUUUUUAUAGUCUCUCGAUUCGAAGCUCGGAGGUAAAUUCAGUCAGAUAAUCAGGAAAUAUAAUCUACUCCCUCUUACCUCUCUAUUCACAUGUAAGGAGAAGAAAUGGAUUAAAAUGGAAUAAAACCCAUCAUGAAUCAUCAAAUUAAAAAGGGUUGUCUUCAUAAAGGAGGAGGUAAUAAUUAAAAAAAGAUUACAUUUAUUCAUUUAAAAGGAGAUUUGUGAUAACAGAUCCAACUCAAAGAGUGGCAUCUUAGGUAGACGUUGUACCUUCAGGAGUUUCAAGGAAGAAACUUCAAUGUUUCACUCAGUAUCGUUCAACUGUGGGUUCUGCCCCAACAGUGACGAUUUUUCGGUUCUUGUUGUAUCACAUGAUCGUUUCCAGAGAUACGGAAAUCCACUCUCUGACCCGUAAAAACUUUUGCGUUUACUCCUGAAUUCAUCUACGUGUGGACGGGUUGAUUCCGCCUUCAGACAGACUUUCUUCUGAAAUUGCGAAGUUGUACCAAUUCCCCACGACUCACUUGGUCUUGUCCUGUUUAACCACGAAAUAAUCGCCUUCUUCUGCAAACACCAUGUUUGUUUACACUGGUGUGUGUGGGAACUGGGUGGCCUACGGUGGCCUGGAGGUACGAGACAUGAUAGAGAGGAAAAUCAAUUUGACGAAUUUAGUUUUUUUAACAUCCUUGUAACUAAAUAAUCCGAUCACGAUUUUGUCCCUUUCUGGGUCAGAAACACCUUGCAACAUCUUGAACAGAGAAACACAACUUCACAGUGAUGCAACAGUGGAGGAGACUUCCAGAGAGCAAAUAUUUUUUCAGCUGUUAAUCAUGUAAAGCUUCUACAGAGCUUUAGAAAAGCCUGAAAAUGAGCAAAAUGUCCCUAAUUCGUACGAAACUGUGAGAUUCAAGCUGCCGAUGGAUGCACUUUUGAAUUUCGGACAACCAUAACAACCAACCACCAUGUAAGCUAGCUGUUUCAAAACAAAGAGGCGGUGAUUCGGAUGUUAAAAAUCGAACAAGGGUUACGAAGUUUUGGCCUUUUGUUUCUUUACUGUUUCUUUAAAGCAGGAGUGAUUUUAGAGCUGGACCCUGGCUGGUUUAGUCUCGAGUGAAUCUUUCUUUCCCCUCCUAAAAAAAAGGGCAGUUUCAGCUCCCUGUGAAGUGAAAUACUUUCAGAUCAGUCAAUUUACACCUCACUUUAUAAUGGGUAAUUAUCUCUCCCUGCUUUGUGCAACAGUUACACAGACAUAUACACAUUUUCUGAGUGUUGGGGCUGAGAUAAGGUGUGUUUCUCCGUGCUGGGUGAAGCUGAUAGUGCAACAGUGCCGGGCGAUAACAGAGGAGUCCAGUUUGUACAGUAUGGCACACGGAUGUGGACGGAUGUGACUAUGAAAUUACUUAGAUUCAUGUCUUUGGGGUGGGAGACGGAGUAAAUUGCAGCCAAUGUUGAAUAAUGCAGUCUGCCAACAGCUUCUUUUUCACUCCCUCUCCCUCUCUCUCUCUCUCUCUCUCUUCCCCCUCAAACUGUGGCUUGGCUCCACAGCUUUUCUAAUUAUGAAGUGGCUGAGAGAUAGCUUCACAACUCCCGAUACUGACUGCGCUGCUGGUGCUGGUGGACGAAUAGCAAUCUAACCGAAUUACCAACAAAGCCUGACAGACUUGCAGAGUUUAGUGAACAUAUUUGCAAAAAAAUCUAAAAAAAAAAGGAAGUAGCAUCGCAACCAACCUACCUAUUCAUGCUGGAAAUGUGGACACCCGUGCGGACGAACACACACUUUGAAGUCGGCAGAAACGCAAGCAAACAAACAGAGUACAAAGAAGGAAGGUGUACAGUUCUCCGCACGCUUCUCAGCACAAUUUAACAAGAUAUAUUAGUCACCCAGGAGGCUGUAGAAAGCCCGGCGUGCACAGAGUACAGCAAACUGCAGUCUGACAGUGAGAGAUAGUGAUUUACAACAAAGCCCUGUAGACCAUGGCACAAUUUCAGAGAUGCGGGAAUGACACUGGUAAAGCGGGGCCAUGAAAGUAUAUCCACCAGCCACGUCUCAUUCCUUACGCUAUUUGCCCCGGGAAGAGGAGGAGGGUGGAUGACAAACCCAGGAUUGUAGCUACAACACAAUACCCGGGAGAGGAAUCUAGUUUGGGUGUCAUCUAAAAUAUGAGCAAGAAAAACUUGUAGGAAGCAGCCUUCAAGGACGCUGAACAUUCAUUCUUUCUUAAAUUUAAGGUGAAAUCGAUUUCUUGACCCUGCGAGUGUAGCGUUAGGGUUUGGAUUGGAUUUGGAAUUAAAUCUCUAUAUCCAAUAUGUGGAGGGAAAGAAAAAAAAAACAAUAAUCAUCUAAUAGUGGAAAUCACAGAUCCAGAUCACUAUCAGAAUCUAAUCAACUCUCGCUUGGCUGGAGGCUGAUCCUGCCACCAAAUUUCAUGGAAAUUUAGCUCCUUUUCUUUCAGACGCCCUGCUGAUAUACAGAUUAACUAACAGGGGUGACGAUGAAACUUCCUCAGCAAAGGUAGAUUUAACCUGACUGAUUUACAUUCGAGUGAAAAUAAUUUAACCCUUUACUGAUGGAGCUCCAGGACGUCUGUUUAAACAUGAUCCUGUUUAAACAGAUCUAUAAUUAAAACCCAGAGAGCUGACGACUUCCUCUUUCGGGGUCGUGUCCUGGAGUAACGUUACACGGGAUGUGAAACGGAUGAAAACCCAGGGAGCGGAGGUUUAGUUGUGACCUAGAUGGGGGAGAUUUUGGUUUGCAUAAUCCUAAAGAUCUCAAAUUAAAAAAUAUGAUAAGAGCAAAAGUUAGAAAAACCAGCCUGACCUUUUUGAGGUAUUUAAAGAUACUGGAAGAAAACAAAACAUUUAUCCAACACUGUAGACGGGGUCGGUCUGAAACGAAAAACAAAAAAACGAGUCAUUAUUUUGUUUAUCUGUUUUUCUAUAUAACCAAAAAAUAAAAGAUUAGUUUGUUUGUUUUCAUAUUUUCCGUUCAAAACUGAAUAUAUAAGAGACGGAAAUGAAAACAAAAUAAUAAAUCUACCUUUCAUUUUCGGGUUAUUGAUGUCCCCAUCUCCCUCAAUGCCUUUCUACUGUUCACAACAAAGUCGCUGACAACGUGGACAAAAAACUCCAGGCCAGAGCGGUAGAGAAAGGCUAACCUGUUGUCAUGGAGAUGGAUGCCAGGAGGGUCACGCUGAAGGAGGAAGAUAUGACUGUAGAAAAAAAUUACAACCAGAGCUCGGUUACAACAUAAGAUUUUGGCGCUCGAACCGCUCUGUCGCAUCUUUCGCCAUGGUAAAUGUAGCUGAGGAUCAUGGGAAGGCCAAUGAAGCCUCCAUGCACGUACGCUCAAAACAGGCGCACUCUAAAUCAAUAAUUGUAAAUAAGUAAAUGAGCUGAAAAUACAAAAACAAACACUAAUCUCUUAUUUUUUUGGUUAUACAGAAAAACAAAUAAACAAAAUAUUGACUUGUUUUUUCAUUUUUCGUUUACUAGAUAGAAUGGAAGAAUUGGAUGGACGGAUAAUACACGGACCAGGGUCCUUAACGACUAAAACUGUCUUAAUACAUUUAAGGGCCUCUUCAGUUAUGGGCCCUUAAAACCAUCCCAACUUUUCUCCUCUUUACGACUCCUCUGACUUUAGAGACUCAGAGAGUGAAUUUGAUGUAACUCUACAUCGAGUAAUGGGCGAGUGAGAGAAGGGAUCACACAGAGCACCGCUGGUAAAGUAAUUAAGGCGGUAUUAUGAAUCGCCAAGAGAAACUGUGAUAGUAAGAGAAGAAGGAAGGAUACGGGCAGCUGGUGAGGAGUCAUGGUACGCAGAGGGGUUCGAUGGAAAGAAUAUCGUUCCAGAGUGUGAAAGCCCACCUUCUCAGAGGGUGCGCCCCAUGAACGGAGGUUGUAGUCUUGUUGUCGACACGUCAUUCCCACUGUCUUGUCCCAUCGUCCCCCUCUGUCAUAUGGAUCGAUAUGUCCAACAGAAUCUGAAAUCAAAAUCAGAUUCAGAAUCAGAAAUACUUCAAUAAUCCUCAGGGGGAAAUGGCUUUUUGUCACAGUACUCCAGUGCAAAUAAAGUAAAAACAGGAGAUAAAUAAUGGAUAGAAUAAGUAAAAAUAAAGAGAUAAUAUACAAGUAUGUACACUAUAUACAACACAAAAUAGUUACAUAGUAUAUAUAAUGUAGUAUAAACAUGUUAAUUUUCUCAUUAUAAAACAAAUUUCAUACUUUUAUCGAUUGAUUAUUAUUUCAGAGAGGGUCACCUCACAGCUGGAAGUCUAAAGUCCUCGGGCACAAACCCCAAAUAGCUCCCAGUGACACGGUUAAUGGUGUUUGAAUGCAUAUGGAUUAUUAAUACUGAUGGUCCCCAACAAUAGCACUCUCCGUGUGAAUGUGGUGUGAAUGGAAGGGUGUGACCAAAAGUGCUCUGAGUGGGGGUGCAAAACCUUAAAAAAGUUCCUUAAAAGUUAAAAGUUUUAUCGCUAAAGUUUAAAGAUGAAUCUCAGGGCUCGACAGUGCGACCGUUUCACUCGCAUUAGCGACUAAAAAUAGAUGUGUGCGAAUUGUAAAAUAUAUUUAGGGGAUUAAAAAAAAUUAGCGUUGGGGGAUGAAUAAGGGACCAUCAAUAAAUUACUGGUUGAUAUUCUCAAAAAAGGCUGUUUUCCUUCAAUAGCUUCCAUGUCAUGUGACCAAUUGACCUAAAAUUGAGUUCUUUGUGUGCUCCUUACUUUUUCAACUUAAAGCACACAUGUUUUGUGCCAAAGUUUUAACAUCAAGUUUGUGUCUGAAAAGGAACUUGUUAAAGCUUUGAUACCUUGGAGAGUCAGUAUCAAGUCCUUCAGAGAGUAAAAAUGUUAAAAUACGAGGAAAUGUUCAAUUUUCGGUAAACUUUCAUGAGCAAAUUGGAAACUCUUCAAGGCCUGAACAAAUUCAGGAUUUAUGAUCAACUCUGGUCAUCUGCUUUGCUGCAAAACUGUAGCAACUAAUACAGGCAAGUAAAAAAAAAAAGCAUCCAGGAGGAAGAGGAAGAGGAGUGUGAGUGAAUACAGCAGACAGAUCAUGUCCGCAGGUCCUGCCUCUUCCCCCCUCUAGUUGGAUUCCUGUCUCUGCAAAGCCCAGAGGCUUAACUCCGGCUGCAGUAAGUGGACUGAGGAACGCUAAACACUGUCUUGGGGAAGGCUGCUGAACAUGACAGCCAGUUAAUAAGUGUAUGGAAGACGAGCAAGUGCAUGAAGGAGUGAGGCAGAGGGGGCGAUGACGUCUGUCUGACUUUUGAGAUUUUUGUGAAAGCAGAGGGAAGGCGAGGGCGAGGAUUGGUCGUGACGGGAGGUGAGGAGGGGGGGGAUAAUAUUGACUGUAGGAUGACGAGAGGGUAAUAGGAGAUCAGAGAGUCCAGCCACGGGACAAGGAGCAUUAGCGCCUGACUGGAGUACAAUGAAGAUGGAAGAAAGAGUGCAGGAAAAGGGGUCAGGUGGUGGAUAAAAGAACUUCCAAAGAGCGCGUUCGGAGCAGAGCGAGGUAUGGCGGCCGGAUGGCGAUAAUGAUGCUUACUUUACUCCUGCGAGGCCGCCGCAGUGAGAGCUGUCAGCUUCAGGCAACACUCGCUGACGGGAUGCUGCUGGGAUGCCACUUGCCAUGUUUAACCCCCCAGACGCCACUGACAGUAUGUGAUAGAUUGCAGGUGUGUAAUUACACGUGUGUGUGUUUGUUUGGAGGACGUUUGCGCGGCCUUUUGAGCGUGCGUGCGCAUAUUGAGGUGGUGUGACUCUUAGCGUGUCAAUUUUUCUUGGCAGCGCUGAAAGCAGAGUGAUGUGAUUUUCCCCUCUAACAGCCUCCAGGAGUAAUGAUCCAGGUUAUUGCAGAUGACGUGUAACACCUCAACCCGGCGGGCAUUGGCGCUGCAAAAACCUGUCCUUAUAGGUUAGACUUCAGGGAGGCUGUUGUCUUGGUGGCAGAAGCGUGUGCACAAUUCCUCCGUCUCCCGAGCCUGUCACCUUCAGAUGGGCCCCUCCUUCUGAGGAUAAUGGUCUCCUGUCUGUGUUGUGAAUGAUAUCUGGACUCCAUUGUGCGCCCGUUUCCUCCGCCGCGCCAUUGUCCCGCAGAAUGCCUUUGUGAGUUUUCUCUUUUCAUUUUUUUUUUUCCUGCAGAGGUACAAUGUGCAAGCUGUAUUCUGAGGUGCUGUAAAUGAACAGGCAAACACACAACAGCAAAGGUCCUAUUUAUUCUCAAUCCCCGGAGUGUGAAAGAGAGGUUUCUGCCAUUGUUCUGCCACCUCUCAAAACAUUUGGAUGCUUCAUUGUGAGCAGAGGGGGGAAUGGGAAGACCUCCCCGCGCAAACUACCUGCUGAAUCAAAGCGCGGGGACCGUUCUGGGACCGCGGGCUCCUCGGGGAAGGACACAAUACUUGAUUUCUGGCGCAACAUGGGACAUGCAGUAAUAACAGCAUGCUACAGUAACGGGCUGAAUAAAACCGAAGGCGUCUCAAAGGCAGGAGGGGGGAGGAACCUGUCCCCUUUGAGGGAAAGGUCAUUCUCCGAGAACCCCAACAGCUGCACACCAUGCUUUGACAUGAAUAACUGACAAACGGAUGUGUGCAGGUCUCUCAGGCCUCCAAUUACCGUUCGACGCUGCUGUCCAUCAAACACAAAUGGGGCAGGACCUGCUGGAGGACGAUCAAGUUGCCUGAGUGGAGCUCCAGUGUGCGGACGUGCGUGUGUGUGUGUUUGUGUGUGUGUGUGUGUGUGUCAGAGGAGCCGCAUGCACUCUGAAAUAAUUGAGUUUGAUCUCAUGAAGGUGAUGCCAAACUUGGGUUAUUGUUUGCCCGGGGACAAUGCAAGAGGGUUGUUGGCAAAGACGCCCGGGGAAAUUCUUUGAAAUGGAAAAACUGCAUUAAACAUUCCAUUUGUAUUAAUUAUAUUGCGCUUCUUAUUAGCAUUGGCACACUCGGCGGCGGCAGAAGCAGUGCUGCCGGUGGUAUUGGGCUUCAAGCGGCACUCAGAGCAAUAAUAUUAGAGGCAACCAUCCAUGCCUGAGGCGCUCUGAAACCGCCUGUGAUGUCACUGAAUGAAUGAGGAGAGCUUUAUUCUGAAGUAUUGUGUCUAGACCUUUGGUCCUGCGAGACAUCAGUCACUCAAGUUACUCACCACUAGAAUUCAAUUAAUCAUAGCCUUAAUUCAAUCCGGUGGUCGGGCCUCCCAGCUGUAAGCCUCUAAGUGGGUUUUAAGAGAGCCGAUGUGAGGUCCUCCAUGCGGCUGAAGGGGCUGACUGUCUAGCAGGGAUUUAGUGACACUCCAGAGGUCAAGGGUUGGACACACAGAGGCAGAUGGAGUGCUGACUCGGGGUUGGUAUCAGCACACACGAAAAAGUGCACCUGUACACGGAGUAGUGAUGGGAAGAACAGUUCUGUAGACUGAACUGAAUCUAGGGCUGCACGAUUUUAUCGUUUGAGCAUCGUCAUCGUGAUGUAUGUGUGUGUGAUAGUCACACUGCAGAGCCUGUGAUGAAGGAGGAGAAUCAACUCUGAACUCUGACUGAGAUAUACUGCAUGUGACCCUGCACAUGCUGUGCAGCGAUCCACCAAUCAUAUUUGUUAUUUACUCAGUUGCCAAUCAGACUACCCUACCAGCCGCCAGUCAAAAUCAGAGAGGAGGAAACCACGCCCCUGCACAUGGAGUGAGUUACUGGCGCUGCCGGUGUUGAGCCGAGAAACGCAUACUGCUGAGAAUUACCUUCAGAACAUUACUCAUCAAUGUUUAGCCCCACAAAUAAGAAAUGUAUGGGGUUUAAAUUGUACUUUUCUGUGGACCACUCUACUAAGCGAUGCGCGUUUUGCGAGGUGCAUGCAAUUCUUGGCGGGCAUGCGUUUCUCGGCACAACAACAACGAUUACAAAAUGUGAAACGAACAAUAGAAAACCACCUUAGAUGAAGAUUUGUUGCCAAAAAGAAAAGGAAAGUCAGUUAUCUGUAAUUAUUUCGGUUAAAAGAAGGAUGAUGUCGACUAAAACACGUGUUCUGUGUUCAUCUGUCGCCACAAUAACGUCCCAGCACAAUAAAAGCUAAAAAUAUCUCUGAGACAGACAGAAGCCAUUCUACUAACAUUCACAAAAAGAUCAGUGCAGGUUAACUGUCCUCAAGAUUUCAACUGCUGCUGAAGUCACAGCGUCGUUCACUAUGUGACACACGUCAUUCAUUCGCUUAGUCCUGAAGAAAGAAUCGCUCCCCUGCCCUGAAAAACUCGCCUCUGUGUGUGUCGCCGUCUGUGGAAACAACACAGCAAGUGGCACGCCCGCUAAAAGAGUGCAAGUCGUCAUUCUUUUAUAUCGCAGAAAAGUUUAGAGAUUAAAAACCCUUCUUACAGGAAAGUUUAUAUACGUGUAUUAAUGUAAAGGCCCUGUAAUGACCGGCACGCCAGGCUCUCGGCUGAGCUCAGCUGAACCGAGAAAAGAACGAAUCAGACCUCGGAGUGAUUCGUCGUUCACUCAGCAGUUCGGUUCUCAUGAACGGCACAACACUAGCCCGGAGCUCCCCACUCAUCAGCUCGCACCGCUAACACAAGAAAGCAUGCGGAUGUAUGUGUGUACGCGUGGACACACACACAUACACAAUACCAUGUCAGAACUCGACCUACAGUAGCAGACGCCAGAGACAUGCAGUGUGGAUCUCCUCAGACUCAUAAAUAAUGGACGUUGGUGAAGCAUCUGUCAACUUUUCUGUCAACCCUGUUCCAGAUGGGAGUCAGACAGGCCAGGCCGGAGCAGCGUGUUACAUACACAUAACAAACCACCAUCCAGUGUGCCUCAUGCACCCCGCGCCCUGUUUACAUCAGCACACUGACACUCGGCUCACCUACACGCUUCAACCUAUGAGCUGAUUUAUAUGAGGUCCUGCACCCGGCUUCCUCAACCGUCUCUUCCUCACACACACUCAAAGAUACAAUCACGGUUAGAGAGAGUGCAGGCAUGCCUCUAGAGCUCCCCUUGGUUCAAUAAAUAAAAGUAAAAAUGUCCUCUAUCUAAAUACACGUAUUCCCCAAAAGCUCUCGCACCGGUAGCACCUUCUCGCUUGGUGGGGGAGAGAUUGUAAACACACCUCCAGCGCCCUUCAAGUUUGUUGACUUUAACAUGGCGCUCCACAUUAAACACUCGCUGUGAGUUCCUUUCCCAGCGAAGCCGCAACAAGUCAGAGUCCUCGGACAUCUGGUUCAGAGAGGUCUGGGCGUGUCGUCUCCUGCGGGGAAGGGAAAUAGAGAGGGAAAAGGACUUUAUUAGACGAACUGUGCCGAAACCAACGACUUACGGUUGACUAAUAAAAGUAAUUUACUCAUCGUGUAAUAAUCUGGGCUGGUACUUAAUGACUUUAGCUCUGAGCUUAUAGAUUUAAGAUUACGCCUUUAAACUCAAAACAUGCCAUUAAUGAUCACAAAACCUGCUUUUUUAUCUUGGGUUUGGGCAUGAGCAGAGUUGGUACAUUUUUGCUUUGAUAACAGGCACGGUUAGCGUUUAUAUAUUAAGCAUUUUCCCUUCUUUUAAGAGGUAAAAGAUAAAAAGAAAAGGUUUGAAAGGCCCCAUGAAAUGAAGUCAAAUUCUGGAUCGUUUGUUUUGUGCACUGGUACUUGUUCUUCUGGUGUUUUUCCACCUCUGCAUAGAUACUUAGGUUAAUACUGCUGCAAGCUAAUAGUCUUAAAAGACGAUGGUGUUGCUAUCUUUUGUUUACUUCAAAAAUUCAACCUUAUGUUAUGUCUGUUAUUGAAGAUUUGUUUAAUUUACAACGCGCCAAUGCACAAGACUUUGCUGCAGAAAAUGCACGUCGCAAACAGUUUUCCCUACACUUUAGGUCUCUGUUUUUCAGAGUUUAUCUAUUCCUCAUCUCCCCACUUUUUCAGGAGCCAAUUUCUCCCCACACCCUGCAUUGUCUGGUUGAGUCCAGAUUCUUGAUUCUCAUGGCAGCCGGUGGAAUUGAAACUCCAAAGGAAUCCAAACCGAAAAAGAGACGUCUGUCGACUGCGGUGCCCUGCAGACAAAGAGAACUAGUGGCGAUGUGGAUGAAAGUUUGAGAGUCUGUAAUUCCGACAAAGUCACCGCAGAUCCAGAGCAACGAGACCUUUCUUUUUCCUCCGACACCUUUCCUUUAAAAUAUGACACACGGCUCGGUUAUCUUGGCACAGAAACAGGCUGGUAUUCGUGUCCUUCAGAGGGGUACUUCUUACUAUAAUCCUCGGAGCGCAUUUCAGAGCCUGUGUUUUCGCCUUACUGAGGCUGAAUAAGCACUUUCCUACCUGAACCUUUUUGUACACAAGUAUCUCUACUUUUACUUGAUAUAGCACCUUCGGUCUGUAGCUAGCACCUGGGGAAAACUCGAGCAAACAGGCGAGUAAAGAGGUUUUAAUGCCGAGACCAGUUUCAGAGCUCUAUCUUCCUUCCUUUCCUUUCCUCUCUGGCACUUUGGUGGAAGGAUGAGUGGGCCGCUUGCUGCUGGGUGGCGGUUACUGUACGGUUGCUUUAUGGACUAAAGCAGCGUCUUCCCGGCCUUGUCGUAAUAGAGGAUUCAGCUCAUAAAGCAGCAUCAUGAUUUGCAAUAAGCAGAGUUAGGGGAGAGUAAUGAAGGUGUAAAUCAACUGAGCUAUUCUUUUUUUCCUUCUUCUUCUUUUAAUCUGACAUCGGCAGUCCCUCUCUCGCUGUCUGCUCCCCUCGUCCCCCUCCUCUUUCACUUCUCCCCCCGUUUCUCUCUCUCCUUUUUUGCAGUAAUGGAAAGCCUGGCACUCCGUAAUAAAGCAGAGUGAGCAGCAGUAUUAGUAAACAGUUUCUGCAAUCACUCAGCCAAGUCCAGCUCCUUUAUUUUGUCUGCGAGGUAUUUCAUACCCCCGUGUGGCGUCGGGGUUGUGGGCGUGGGGGCUAAUGAAUGAGGAUGGAAUGAGGAGUAUUUAAUUCCAGGCUGAGAGAGGGACUAUUUGUUGGGCCUCCUCAUAAGAACCCCUUUGUUUUCAUUUUUUUCACAGAGGUUGCAAACAAAAAGCUGCCUUUUUUUUUUCAAUGUAGAUGCAAAUGCGCAGCACACAAGAGGAAAAGGACCACACAGCCGUCGGCGGGACACCGGGGCUCGCCUCGCUCUCUGCCCUCUCCCUUAGAUGAAGACGUCAUCAGAAUUCGAAAUGGGAUAGUGAGUCAGAUUGGGAGCAGUCAUCAAAAGAGAGGGUCCAAUACCCCAGAGUUAAAAUGCCUGGCUGGGAAUCAUGUUAAAAUUUCCAUUCCUCGCUGCAAAUCGAUCGUAUGGGUCCCUGCUCUCCAAUAUCCAUGGUCACCUUUGCUAUAAAGUGGGGUAUUACUUCUUUAAUGCAGUGGCGUUUCAUUCUGUGACCAGUGAGGAGAGGAAGGAAAAGAAAUGUAUGUGGUGACCUCAAACACAAAGAAAUGAUGGCUCGGGAUAAUGAAAGAGAGUGGCCUGAAUUUUUUAUAUAUUUAACUUUUUUUUUUUCCGCUUCAUGAGCAAGAUUAGUUGCCCGAAGUCCGCCCAUGACAUUGGGUUGAAUUAUUUCCUGUGUCUGCCUGUUAAACUCCAGGUAGCCGCCGCGGACGCGUUAAUGCAGUAUUGAUUGUUUAUCUGUAAUAACACCAUGCUGUUGGCGCGUCGGUGACAGCAGGGAGGGCGAGGGGAGGGGUGGCGAGGAGAGGGUUCGGGCAUAGACGAAGGAAGGGAGCCACGGGUGGUACGGCGGUGAUAGAUAAUGCAGUAUACCCUCUUUUGAGUGGUGAAUCUGGGGGUGAAACGAGGUGGCAGAACAUAUCCUAUCUGGUGAUAGUCCAGGUGUGAAAUAGAAAACAGGAACCGGGGUGCAAAUGUGUCGGUGCAAUGUGGCUGCUGCUCGAUAAGGUUGUCUCCUGUCCCCGAAUAAUUCAAUCUCCAGCUCUGACCAUUCUGGUAGCGUCCCCUCUGCCAACGCCACCGUCCACCCACUCUCUGCCCCUGGGCCGCGGAGCCCAUAUGGCCCGUUACAGUGCCUCAUCAUGACCUAUGGCCGCGGCCUGUUGUUCAGCCAACCCCCCCGAGGAGCUUGGUAAUUACAAAUAAGCUGGAAGUCACACCAGCCACGAGAAAAGGUGAGCGUGAUUAAAGAUGUGUGUACAGCAAAGUUCAAGGGUUCUCUCCAAUGGCGUGCCAGAAUAUUGAAGCGUGUAACUCGGCAGCGGCCGGGAAUCAAACGCUAACGCGGAUCAAUCAGGCUUCUUUGUUCAUUAGAGUUGUCCGUUCCCAGGAGUGGCAAUAAAAAAGCAGCCCAUCACAGCGCUCAUUUCAGUGAUGAGGCCGCUGUCCCUCAGGGAUAACUAGCAGAGGUAAAUAAACAUGAGUCACAGUUAAGGUCAGAGGAGAUCGCCGCCGCCGUCUGUUGUUCUUCUUCUCGGAGGACGCCUGGAUCUCUUUUGACAUGAUUGGAAACGGCGAAGACAGAGCUCAGGAUUUCACCACGACAUACAAAGAUCCAGGAAAAUAAAGUGUUUGAAGCAUUUUUAUACUUUUAAUUUUUGAAGUAAAGUCUGUUUAAAACUCCCAUGAGAGGUUUUUGAUGUUUAUACAAUAGAUGGAAACUCAUUUAAUGACAUACAAGAGCCAACAAGACCAUUAGCGACAAGAUUGAUGGGUUUUUUAUCCUGAACUUUCACGCCUUAAACUGGCGUGAAAGGGGGUAGCUGAGCAGCUAAUAGUCACAGUAGAUGGUAGAUUUGACUCUCAGGAGCCAGCAGGAUUGGAUUUUAGGUAUAAGGUUACGAAGUAAAGAGAAGCAAGUAUUGUUUUGUCCACAGGGGGCGCCAAAAGUAGCACAAACAAAAACGACUGGGUCCGAUUUGAGGUUCCUGCGAUUGGUGGUGAUUUUGGUCGACUGUGUUGUGUCAAAUCCAAAGUCAGAGCAGAUGUCUGCCAUCGAUUGAGAUGCACAUUCAAGUACAAGUGUUAUCCGAAACCGCAGGCCCGGUUCUUGAAGGGUUCUUAUCACGUUUCUGUCUUUUUUAUAACCCCCUGCAGAAGUCCUGCCGGUGACAAAUGGCUUUCUUAGCACUCAAACGCCUCGCUGCUUUUGUAUGCAUGCAGUUUCAGAGCAUUUGGUCCAAUUUAGCAGAAGUCAGAGUAGCAGCACACAUCUCUAGGUUGUUGUGUUUGUGUGAAACCUAAACCAUUAAUAAUGUAAAAACAGGUGCUCCUAACUGCCUCUGUGUUAUUUUAUGGUGGGCUUCUAGGCAAGGUCAUUACUCAUAGUCGAGGGGACACAGUUUUUUCCCAGCACCGCCUUUUAUUAGGGUCAUAUUUCAGUCCUGUGAUGUCUUUGUUUUACCUCCAUGUAAUAUUUAGUGUUGUGUGACGAUUGUGUUUGUAGCUGUCUCGCCGCUGACCCGCUGCUGCAGUCGAUAUACGCCUGAAUGAAAAUGUGCUUCCACGUCUCUCCCUCUCAUGUAAUUGUCACAACGGGGAGGCUGAGACAAACGUGGGAACACAACUCCCUCACUGAUUUCAAUUCACUGCGUCAGGUUCGACCUUUACGCAGCACAAUCAAUGCAUCUGCUUCCAGAGACGCACUAUUCGUUAAAAAAGCAGCGGCUGCAGCCUGAUCCGACACCCUGGCGGGGCGAUAAUAUUUAGGUGUAAACAAAAAUAUUGAAUGGAAAUAACAGCUUUUAAUUACCCGCUUUAUUGGGAGUAUUAUCCCUGAAUUGGAGCUGCCUUGGCCUUUUGCUCCAGACUGCGCGGGGCUAAAUGUACAGAAAACAGACGCCUGCGCUUGACUGCACAUGGCACACACUGACACUUGGGAAGCAAACACUCAUUUGCAUAGAGACGGAGGCUCCCAUAACCACCAGUGUGUCACCACAAAGGCCACAGUAGGGAAAGCAGGAAGCCGGCAGACCCGUCCAUUGAGCUCCCCCGCCUUCCCUCCCCCUCUCUCCCAUUGUCAGCUGUGUUAGACCCCUCAGCCGCUGGUGACAAAACAUGUGCUCUUGUGAACACACAGGAAAGCAAACAACCGAGGAUGUCUCAUCUGCCAUCAUGUCGCCGGAUGAAUGCCAUUAAGCUAUUAUUUCUUUGCUCUUUAUGUGCCAGGAUGUCUUGCGCCCAUUUGUUCAGCCGUCGAGCAAGGAUGACCACAUCUGCUCGCCACCAGAGUACUAGGCGUUAUUAAUCUUCGCGAGAGGACAUUUAGCGGAAUCAAACCUCCAUUUAUUAGCCCCUAGCGCAGGAUUGGAAAACUGGCGAGGGGAGAUAAUGACUUUAAGCUCCCAUUUAGUCAAUUAAUUCUGAGGAGUGGAAUCAGAGUCUGCUCGCUAGAAAAGUGAGAGGCUUUGUUGUUUAUGAUGACACAGUUCAAGAAAAACAUUUUCCAGGGCUUUAAGCCAUUAUUUGGCACUGGAGUUGGAACAAAACAAUGCUGCCCUAAUAUACUAAGAGAAUCUGGAGUGACUUCAGAGAGGAGGGACCCGUUAAAAUAAUGUGCUGAGAGGGUCCUCUUCAACUGUGCUGUCGCUCGAUGGUAAACACAGCCAUAAACUCUGCUGCUGCAAGUUCAUAGAAGCCCAUCUUUGUUUUUGUCAAAGUGACAACAGGGAGAAAGAAAAAGGGAGUGAGCUGGAAGACAGAGCCGAGUGUGGAGAGCUGGCAGCCCACAAUUUAGUCCAGACUGUGCAGACAUAAAAUAUCAAGUGCACUGGAGGAAGGGUUACUUCAGGAAGCCUCUGUGGGCUCUAAACUGGGCCACUCCGGCAAUAGUUGUGAGAGCCGCGGACUGAGUGAUGCGAGCUGUGCUGAAUGAUGGCACAGUGGAAAUAACUAGAAAACAGGGAAAAUAGCCGGCUCGCAUUGACUUGGCCCAGAUUGUAUGAUUUAUAUGGGUUAUUUGGUAUGCAUUUGGGCAGCGAGGCAAGGUAAUGUGUUUGCAGUGAGCUCUGGAGCGGCGCACUGGGAUGAAUAUUGUGGGCACACCCCUGCCUCCAACAGGGAUUGUAUGAGCUAAUUUGUUUGGAUUACAGCCAUUCAGACAAGGGGACAUGCUCACAGUUUACCGUCAUGUAUGAAAAUAUUCACAACAGUUUGAGGGUUUCACUACAAAUCAUCUGAGAUUCAUAUCUGCAUAUUUCCUGAUAUAUUUACAGGCAGAAACACAAGAAAUGAUCAACAUAAUGUUCGCAGAUUAAACAAGUUUUUAGUGGUAUGAUAAUCAGAGAAAAUAAAACCUACAACCCAUCCAAGAGCUGCUAGACUUGUUUAUUGUGAUGCUGGCAGAGUCUGUUCCUUUAAAAAAUAUGCACUUUAAUAUAACAUAUUUUUGGACCGGUCUUCUCUGGAAGCAAGUCCUUUACAGCGUGGGAGUUACAAAAUGAUACAAGGAUGCAUCAUGGAAACAAAAGAGCACAUUUCGCAUCCAGUAAACUCAGGUUUUAGCGUUUUUCCAAUCUUACUUUUAAAGAGCUUUAGCCUUCUUGCUAACAGCUACAUUUUGCCAACCUGUCAGUUAAUUCAGCCACGCCUGUAGUUUUGCAAUACACCUAAUCUUAACGUCCUCAAAACUAGUAAGUAAAAGAAAGUUUGUGUCAAAUGAGAAUUGAGCUUUUCAGGCUUUAAUUAUUUUUUCUACAAGGGUGUGUAUGUGGAACCUGCUGCUGUUGGGGCCAGCCUCUAGUGGACAUUUGAGGAACUGCAGAACUGCUGCCUUUUGUUACCAACCUGAAUGGAUCUGUUACGGUUUAUCGGUAAGCUAGCUGUGUGUUUUGGUUAGUGAAUCAGGCUUCGAUGUGUUGUGAGUUUCAAGCGUCCAGAUCAAACUUAGAGUUGGAAAAUAUUUUGUAUUUUUGCUGCAUUUGGUUGUUACUUUACCUCAUUGAUGCAACAUCCACAUGACAUUUUGGCUAGUUUGUUGUCUGGCAAACUAAAUGAGAUUCUAAAUGAGACAAGAAGGCAAUGCUGAGUUAACAUAACGUGUCGACGUCCUGCUGGUUUUCAGACACAAUCAGAACUAUUAAAAAUACAAGUUUAGUUUGCAUACUUGUAAAAUGAACAUUUUAGAGGCUUGUUAUGUUGUUGUGUUUUUGUUUUAAAUUUGUGAGAAUAAUCAGUGUUUUGAUAAAGAUUUUUCUAACUGUGGGAUUAUUUUCUGAACACUUUUAAUAUGCCUUCAUUGUUUUUAACUGGUCUGAUUCUUAACUUGCGUAACUUCCAUUGAUAUGUUAUCAAAUUUCAAUUGUGGCCUUCCCCAGGGUUCCAUUUUAGGUCCUACACUUUUUUCAAUUUAUUACUGUGUGACUGAAAAUUUUGUACAAUUGAAGUCUGGUUGAAACUAGUGAUCUGGACAGAUAUGUAUUCCCUAACUACCUGAAUUACCAUCUUGUAAGUGAUGUUAGGAAUAAUUUUUAAAAGUUGGUUUUAACAUCUUGCAGCGAGAGAGCAGAUGUAACGUUCAAAAGCAGAAAGGCAGCCCAGAGAUCUGAGUCUUGGUUCUCUUCCAGUGUUGUAGGUUGAAUCCUGAUUUCUCUGAGAGGAGGACUCUGGUGUUUUUGCACCGGUCUGCUGACAUCCAGUCAGAAAUUUCGGUUCAGCUUUGCAUUCCAAUUUGACUAGGGAUUUUCAGCUGUUUAUUCGCCAGCAUUUUUAUGAUGAUGAAUUUGCCCUCUUCAGUCCGUAGACAUUUUUAUUUUCCUUUGUGGUAAUAUCCCCCAUCUGUCUGAAAUCUCCUUUUAGUGAUCAAUUUCCUCGCCUUAAUCUGUGAGGCGUGCGCAUCUGUACGUCAGAUUGGGGUGGGGUGAAGUUAUUUUCAAGACAAUGUGGCCGUGUGUCUAGACUGUGUUUCUCCGCUAUACCAGAGAUCAAUAUUUAUUGACAGGGUUCCUCUGGGAGUUUUUUUCUGUUUGGUCACAUCUGUUUCCAUUUUUCUGCAAGGGCAUGGCUUGUUCUUGUACACGCAGGGAGCAGAAGUUCACUCAGCUCCCCAGUUUUUGAUAAUUUGCCUGUUUUUCCAGCUCGGUUGUGGACCACUAACCCACAUGGGCGGUAUAACUAAUGGAGAGCCGCAGAUUUGGGUCGAGGUGCACGACUGCCUGGUUCACACAUGGGAUUUACCUCUAAAUUUCUCCAGCGAGCAGCAUACCAUGGAGUGUGAGUGGCAUGUUCUGUAAGUCUGACAAUCUUAACAAACUGAGUUUGAAAGGAAGUGAGGGGGAGGAAGAGGGUGGCGAGGGAGGAAGAGGGAGGCGAGGAGGCCAAAGGGAACGGGGAUGGUGGAACAACCUGCUGCUGACACCUCUGCGCAUUAGCAGCCUUUAAGGGCCUCCUCUGUGGGUUGUAACUCCGCCGCGUUACCUGUGGCACCGUUGCCCAACCCACCUCCCCCUUCUCCCUCGCUCGCCGCCCUGCCUGACAUUCUCCUCUCUCACUUUUAAUUGCACCCUGGAGGCUCUUUCUGGGUUGCUGUGGAAGUCUUCGGCUCAACGGGCGCGAUAGGGUGCUUUGCCGUGUCGCUCAUAUACCUCGUUAGAGAAAAAAACAGUAAAUGGGGGAGGCAGAAGAAGGUAGAAAGGAGAGAGGAAGAGUAGGCCUACCCUUAGAGGUCAUUUCCAAGUCUAGAUUAGGCUAAAAUGCCACACAGGCCCGUUGUGUAUAGCACAUGUGCGCUGGAAAGGCCAUUAGCCGGCCAGAUCCAAUAUGUAUUGACGAAUGCAUUUGUGCGACUCGCUGUGUCCCCGUCUCUAUCCUCAUCCUCCUGUGUUCGAUAAAACCAAUAGAUACAUUUAAUAGCUAAUUGUUCUGAUUCAAAAUGUUAUCCCAGGCAAUUCUUUGAGCGUCGAAUCACAGGGCAUUCAAAAACUGGCAGCAGACACAUUAAUCUUGCUUACCCAACACCACAACACAAUGCACGAGUCUUAUUGCUCCACAGUGACUCCACACAAUCUGUGACAGGCAAUUUAAAGCAAUUUACUUUUUCAUUUUUUCAUCAAGGAUUUUUUUUUUUUAAUGCAAUUAAACGGCACAUGAUACGAAGCGGAGACGGGGCGGGCGAGAGAGCGAGACGAAGAGAGAGCGAGGGUGUGCGUAAGGAGGGAGAAAAUAAAGGCAGCCUCGUGCUUGUUGUAAACACUGCCUCUUAACUGGAGGAAUAUAAUUAUGGUGUCAUGUUCUAUUACACACCUUCAUUAUGACGACGGUGCUCCCUGAGAAGGCGAACAGGCGAAGACGAGACCUGUGGCUGUUUUCCCAAAAUCACCUACAGCGACUGGCGCUCGAGGAAGACGGCCCCGAACAAGAGCCCUCAUUUUCUCUCUGGCGCUCUCCCUGUCAGGGUUACGCACUCGUGUUCAGGUUCCUCUCUCCUUCAAGGAAAAUUUCAGCUUCAUUGCAACUUAUGUUUGUGCUUUUUGGCUGCGAUAUCCGCUGGGUAACAUUGCACUUGCCAGGCUUGUUUCUGGGAUCUGGAAGCACACUUGCAUUGCUGCAGAGUACUCUGUUGGGAUGAAAACAGAUGGUUUGGAUGAAUUUCAUUUGGAAGUCGAACUUAAAGUGAUGUAAUAACGCUGUUUGCCCACAUCAGCAGCAACUUCAGUCGGUUAAAGGUGAAGGAGAAGUCGUUUAACCGUCACUUCUGUUUCACAUCGACUCAUUUUGAUAAAUUCGAUUUUUUAAACAUUAAAAUUGUGUCUCGGGUCCAGAAACAAACUCAUUUUGGCACCAUGCUUUCCUCCAAACAUAUCUCUUAUAACAAAAAUUGUUCAACAGAAUUGUUCAACUUCCAAGAAAAAGCUGAAGACGCUGGAAGAUGCUCAUUUGUUUGUGGUCCAACAUGGCAGCGCGAUUACAGCAAAGACAGCUUUAUUGUUUGAAAAGAGCUUAACCCAGUUAUUUCUUUUAAUUUUUUUAUGUUUUCACAUUUAAUUUACUUUGUUCUUAGGAAACAUGACACUCACAAAGACAAUGGAGACACAGAAAAGAGCUGAAGGCUCAGAUAAACUGGAUGAUCCUGCUCCUGGAGGCACAAAAGGUCAAAGUCGAUAAAGGACGGUCUGCAAAUAGUGAUGGAUGUUUUCUCCAGUCGGUUUUUCCCUUAAAACACAGAGAAACACUUUUAAACCUUUACAGUACAAUAAUUACGAGGCAUGACCUUGUAAUAAUCUUGUUUUCACAUCAAGUCUGCAUCAGCCUAAACAGAUCUGAUGGAAUAAGAGGCCACAUGCUACUCGCUCAGGCUGCAGUGAAUACCGUAAAUCAACCUGGAUGGAAACAGGAUCAGCUGACAUAAGACGUGGGCGUGGUUUGGGAGUAUUAGAGUCGGGUAUCGGCGUGGAACCCAAACAGGCCUGUAAUUGGUGGAUUAGAGCGAUGUAGGACCAGCACAGGAGUGUGGACGACUGAUGACAGGUGGUGCUAGCUCUGCUAAUGUUAGCCACACUCACCAAGACAAACCUGCAGACUCUAUGAUCCUGUGUUUUUCCGGUCUGCUUUUGAAUCCCUGGUAAAGACGAAGUUGAUGUAAAACUUAAGCGUUAUGAAAACAUCUUGACUUUGCCAGAAAUGAAACAAUUUGCAGUAAAAUGGCGUGUUUUCUAUCAGAUCUGCUACUGCUGAGAUCUCGAGUUACAGUAUGAUUUGGAGUCAGCCUGUAUCCCUGUCUAGAGAGCACCUCAAAUGUACUCACUGUGAUUCCAGGUAGAACUCCUAUUCUUCCAAUGCGGGACUAUUUUUGGCCUUUGCAAUUAGUGUGCUUAAACGAGGGGUUAGAAAGGUUUCUCAGCAAUUAUAACCAUCAUUUUUAAUCUGGGUAAUUAACUUUGUGCCAAUAGAGGCAAAGGCCACCCCUUUGGAAUAAGAUCCAGGCUGUGAGAAAUUGAAAAUACCCUUCAAGUCUCCCCCAUUUCUCCCUCUAACUUCACUUUCAUACAGUACAAAUGUAAAGAGGCAGGCAUUUUGUCGUAGCCACCGGGUUACAUGAGGCGCCAUGGCAUCCUUAACCAGCUGUGACACUUUUUGACGUCGCAAAAUAAAGCUCAGGCCCACGUCCUCUCGGUCGCCGUCCCUUGUCAAGCGAAUUAUCAGGGCAUGGAGCUGUACAAUAUGGCUUCUAGGGUGUGACAAAUGUGGUCAAGGGGCCAGCACUCCUUGGGGACGAUGGAGCCCUCCAUACAGAGAAAGCAUUAGCUUUCCACAGUGACAUUAUGAAGAAAUCUAUUGAAAAGGCCGGCUUCCCAGUGCUGGGGGGACUCGAGGUAGAAAGCUUCAUGAGUCCACCCUUGAGACCGACUGGUAUUUCCAACUACGCCGAGGCCUACAGCAAAUCAAUAGCUCAAAGUCCCUCAUGCUCCUCACCAGCGUCAAUUAAGUAAAUUCAUAAAGUCGAGUGCGCUGGGAGUUGGGGGAUGAAAAUAAAAAGGGAAAAUACUAGAGAGAGGGGAAAAGAGAGCAGGGAAAAAAAUCAUCCAGUCAUCUGGCAAAUUUGGAUAGGAAACACAGCUACUGCCAUGAGAUUUGCAGCUCCGAGAAAGUAGAGAGUGGUGGUCUGGGAGAGUAUUUCUCCACGGGUAUUAUUAAGAAACCUGACAGUCCAUCUCACUUUCACCUGCCUCCAUCAGCACACGCACUGUUGACCCGGGAGUCUUUUUUUCCCCCUGCCCGUGCUGAGCCAGGCAGAGGACACAUGCAAAGUGACUGGCUUUCAGCGAAAAGCCCAGCGAUAAUGCAUAUCAGCUCAGGCCUAUGCAAGCAAAGUAGGCACCGGCAGCUGGGGGGAGGAGGAAAGGGAGGCGGGAGGAAGGGGGAGGGCGGAUGGAGGAGUGCUAUAAACUGCAACGCAUGAGGGAAAAGAGAAAGAGGGGACCUAACCCCCCAGCUUCCACUGCUCGCAAUUUGCCUCAUAAGGGGAAAGCGGGGCAUGCCUUGGCUGCCUGCAGAAGACAGGUAGCGUAAUGGAUGGGCCAGUCUCCCAGCCUGACUGCUGACGCUGCUCUGACAGGACGUUUUUACCUCUCCUUGACUCCCUCUCGCUCCCUGUUUGCCCCUUAGUCUUGUCACGUUAACUACAUCUGAUAUCAAAAACUUUCAGCAAGUAACUUCUCGAUCGCCCAAACUCCACUUCAGCACCACAUCUGGAGGGCGUAAACAAACAAACCAAGGUAGGGAGGAGGUUUGGUUUAGAGGAGUAAGGUUUACUCAGGAUCGUUUGACAUCGUCUGGCUUUGUUAGAAUCAGUAGAGACCCCACCACACAGUGCAGACAUGUAAUCGUUCACAAUUGGCUUCAUUCUGGACGACUAUUGGAAGGUAAUUUAGUGCCUUGUAUUUUGUAUUAGAUAAAGCAUCUCUGAGUGUAUAAAAAAAAGCACAUUAGGAGUCAUCUCAAUAUAGGAACAGGAUGAGAAUGUCUUCUAUUGUGAGGAGCUAAAAGUAGGACACGAGUAUUAUGGGAUUGUUUUGGUCUUUAGUGAGGUUUGGGAUCAUCAGUCAUAACUGCAGCCACGUAUGUACGCUUUAAAGUCAAAUGACAUGCAAAGUAGCAUUUAAACAGGCUUGUAGGUCACAGUAAAAUGAAUACUCCUAGUUGUUACCAGAAUUACAAAUAUAUAUUUUUUAUUAUUAUUAAAAAUCUGAAAUGUCGUCCAGAUGCUGUGUCUUUGUCAACCACAGAAUCAAACUUUUGCCUCAAUUGGCGGUUUUAUACAUCUUAUAUAAUGCUGUGAAAAUGCACAAGGAGAACAGAGGACCUGAGUUUUUCAUCGUGGUGAAAUCUCCUGAAACUCCAUCCUUACUGACUUGUGAGAGACUCGUUUUUAGGUAUGAUUUCACUCGUCUCAUGUUGUAUGUGUUUGCUUUUACCUCAUUUUUAUUGUACUCUUUUAUCUGUAAAGUGACCUUGAGUGUUGAGACAGGCUUUUAUAAAUAUCAUGUGUUAUUAUUAUUACUACUAUCUUUGCAUAUCACGCUCCAGCUGAUUGUCAAUGUUCGUCCUGCCAGUGCGGGAGUCACCUUCUUACUGUCUUUCAGGGGUGACUAAUUUCUUUCUUUUUCUAAGUUCUUUAAAAAUCAGCAGAUAAAUGUUUUUGAACUUUAUUUUUAGUAUAGCCUAGUUCAAGACAAUAAUUUCUUUACAACCAUUUUUCCCUUUUUCUCAAAAAUAAAGACAGAGAAACGAAAAAGGGAACAAAGGAACACAGGGGGCAGUUCUUACUCCUGAUUUUGCCGGUGGUUAACGAAGAGGUCCACAGAGUCUGUUUGUUAAGCUUCAAGCUCCUUAACCUUUUAGCAUGCAAUAAUCAAGACCUUAAAUAGAUAAACAUCUCCGUGUUUUACAUACAAAGAACAAGAACAAGCAGAUAAAUGUUGUCCUGCAUCUUGACAGCAGAGCCCACUCUUUCGUCUGUGCAGGGGCGUGUCCAGACUUUUAGACUGGGGGGGCACAAGUGAAGCACUGACAUAGGUCGGGGUGGCCAGGAUUUGUGUACACACCUACUGCCUUCUCUUUCUCACUAUCUUUAAGGUGUUAUACAGGUAUAAUAGAUAUGAGGAUAAUUAUGUAUAAGUAGAUGUGCGUUAGCCAAUCAAAUUAAUGUAAUCAGACAUGAUAAGAUAAUGCUUUCUCAGCAGAUUAAUCAAUAAUAUGCUCGAUUACUGAAAUGUUUGGUUACUGCAGCUCCUGUUUCAGCUGUUAUAUAUCAGCUAGCUCUCAGACAAACAAGCUGUGAUUCUGCUAAACUGUCUUUUUUAAUAGUUUCCUCUUCUUUCUUAAUAACUCAUAAUUUCAUGAGCUUUGAACUCUCCUCUUCGGUCGCACUCUCUUCCUUUAUCCUCACUUUCUGCUUUCAUUCUCACACUCUGAGUGCUUCAAAAACUGGGUUUCUAAAUCUCACAUUAACACUCGUUUUCAUUAUUUGAGAAAAAAUUUAUGAGCAGGAACUUUGUAAAAGGUGAAACACUUUUCACUAUUUUUGCCUGAAAGAGAGAGUCGCCGGGUGUAUUUACACAAAGUUAGAAUCUGUGCCCUCGGUGUACGCGCGGAUGUGCCUGCAGCAGGGAAAGUAAACUGUCUUUGUUAACAUCUGCCAGAGGAACACACAGAGCCAAAUAGCUGAAAACACAAAAGUAUAUCAAACUCCCCAUUAUGUUUUGAACCAGCUCUUUUUUACGCCGCAAACAGCUUGACAGACAGGCACAGAAGUGAAAAAUAUGCAGCUACUGUAUUUUUGUUUAUCCAGCCGACAAAGACACCCAGCCGACAUCAAAACCCCCUGUUGGAAAAGUUGCUAUGAAGCCGUCCCAGCCGAUGUGGUGAGACAUCUGUUUGCACAAAGCUCAGCAGUUGUUCUGCGACAUCGCUUGAUGGUUUUUGUUCAUUUCUAUAGAAUCAGAUCUUCAAAUACCGUAGUCAGCGCUGGUAUCUCGGAUGAAAUUUUUUUUUUUAUCUGACAGCGCUCCCAAAGCUCGCACCUUCUUCCCCACUCCUCUCCCUUUUAGUCCGUCUAGCUUCACAGGUCAGGGUGCUUAAUUCAUGUCCAGAGACAUCGCUUCCUCCUCGCUCGGUUCGAGGAGAGCCAUCUACCCCCGCUAUACGUUCAUCGAAGCUAGACUUCACCCUCCUCUCCCACCCACUCCCUCCUCCUGCCUUCUGAGAGCGUGCGAUAGGGAGACACGCUGCAGACGCUCCCCAGCGGACCCUCCGAUAACCCUCCCUCCACAUCCCAGUCGAGGAACACUGGCGGCCUGGAUAUCGCCCAGCCGGGGAGGAAUAAUGAGAACAAAAGCAGAAUACAUGGCCUUCUUUCUCUUCCUCCUCCUCCUCCUCCUCCUCCUCCUCCUCCUCCGUCCUGCGCUGUUCUUCUUGUUCUCUUUCUCACAUUGGCUGGCACAUUCCGCGUUGGCCUUCGGGUUGGAGACAUGAUUGAGGGACGGCGAGCGCAGAUAUUCCAGGGCCCACGACAAGGCCCUUCUCUGUGGUUUGCAAACAGUCAUUUUGUUCAGUAUCUUUACUCUGAUCUUAAGGUAAUAAACUGGGGUUGACAUUGCCCAGGGUCUCCAUUGGCAUUCUGCUGGGCCUGAUAACAAAGUGUGCCGGAGCAGAUUGUUUAAAAAGAUAGAGCGGCCGCUCCACAUAGAACCCGGCGCUCUAUUAGAUGUUGAUUCAGAAGCUUAAUGUAGAUAAAGUCGCUCCACACGUGCUAUACAAGAUGUAAGUCCAUACAUUGGUGUGUAAUAUUUCUAAUCUGAUAUUUAUCAGGUUAGGCAGCUCUCCGCCUGCCCAUCAAUCAGAUGACUGACAUUCAACAUCCAGUGUGUGCACAUGAAUGUAUAUCAGGGCUUGUAGGGAUGUGUGUGUGUGUGGAUGUGUGUGUGUGAAGCUGCAGGAAAGUCAAUCAAAUGAAGGGCCGCUCUCACGGUAACACUUUUAUCAUGUUGUACUUGAAUGCAAACCGUCCUUUUCUUCGCAGUGAGAGCAGUAUAAUGGAAGACAAGGUUUAACGUAGCUUUUCUCUAUUUGUGGCCGAGGGUUUGUUUGAAGGUCUUCAAACAGAAGCUCCAGGAGGAUGACCUCCCUCCGUUAAAACUCUCGUACUGUGGGAGCAGAAUGUAGGAAUUAAAUCAAGAUUACAGCUGAGGAAACAUGUCAGAAGUCUCAGCUGAGAAGUUUUGCAUCAUUGCACACCAUAGGAGGAGACUGACAGGAACUGAGUACUUUGUGAAAUAGACGCCCAAAGCUACAGCAGGAGAUCUCUUCAUAGAAAUAAAACAUCAUAAAUUUGUGUUUUUAUUCCUGCUUUUCGGAGGAUUUCAGAUUCUUGUCAUUGACUCGCUGCGUGUCAAAGGUCACCUCUGAUGUAACAUCUCAGCUUCUCGAAUUCACCCGAAAGUGGAAAGUUUAACAAUGUGCAGAAAAAGCGCCUGCAGUGUGUGAGAUGGAGCUCCUGUCUGAGAGCAGGAAAUAAGUUUGUGUCGUCAAACCGGGUCAAAUGAUUUUACCGAGCAGUUCAUCAUUUGUUGUCACUGGAUUUCCGUCCUUCUUUUGUUUGCUCUGCUCAUUGUCUUUUUCUGUUAAAUCUCUUCAAUGUCAGACUUUUAACUCUAACUUUCUGGAUCUGUAUCUUUAUUGACUGAGGAAUAAAAAAGCUCACGGCUCAUUUUGAAAGACAACUUUGGUUCGAUUCGAUUUGAGAAGUCUGGAGUUCGUGUCGACUUCGAGUUUAUGAAACAAACAGAGAAAGAUGCUCGUUCAGUAACAAAUUGCUGCCUCUCCUCCCAGUAUUGACGCUCUGUUUUUCUGUGUAAACCUUCCAGGUUACUGUUUGCCGUCCUGUGAGAGUCUGAGGAGCUCUUCCUGCUUCAGUAGAUUACAGCAUGUGGACUGAUCCAAGACUCUGACUGGAGACCAGCGGACGAAGACGAGCGAGGGAGGGGUGACGACGGACGUGGUGUGGCGGCGGCGGCACGGCCAUGGAUAGGAGGAAAGUUUACGUGUUGAUGGUGCUGUGGGUUUUAGCCCACCUUAGCUCUCCGGGUUUGGGGCUCAAGGCCCUGAGGAGGACUACAGGGGGGCGGAGGGGGUCCACGGGACUGACAGGAGAGGACGCCAACGGGGUGCCGCUCAGGCGCUCCAAACGAGGCUGGAUGUGGAACCAGUUCUUUUUGUUGGAGGAGUACACCGGGACGGACAUGCAGUACGUCGGAAAGGUAGUGUGACAACCUACUUUCUGUUUUUCCCCGCACACAAAGAGGAGCACAUCUGUCACAUCUGCAGCAGCUGCUGAGUGUGAUCACACACGUUCAUGUUCAUGAUCUGAUAUACCUGAUCCCAACGUGCUCCGAUUAUAGCCGCCUAAUGAGUCCUUCACAGAUGAGACCACGACAGAUUAGCUCAUCUGAUCUGAACUUAGAUACAAACACAUGAGGACACACCACGGUUCAACAUUAGCACGUGAAUAUGGAUGCAACCAACAACAACAACAAAAACACUGAAAAAUAUCUGGGAGAGAUCCAGAUCAGUCAGCUAACGGCUGUGGUAGAAAUCGACAGAUAUUUGAUUAUUUUUGGGCCAAUACCAAAUCGGAUAUUGGUGCCGAUAAUCCUCAAGAGAGGACUAGACUGAUUACUCACACAAAACAUGAUGUAAGGUAUUUAAAUAGAUAAUAAAAUUAAAGUUUGUUGACAUUUCAUAAAGGCAGAACUCAAAUAUUUAAGAAAAUUAGCCGUUUAGAGAAAAUAGCUAAGUGAUUUUGCGGUUAUAAAAGCUCAUAUUCGUCCAAAAUGAGGAUUAAAAAUAAAAGUUUUUCAGUGUUUUCAGAAAAACUUUUGUAUCUUAAAGAGAACAGCACUAAAGCAUCAAUAUUUUAAUAUUGUUUAAUCAAAAGGGGUCAAAAAAUAAGCAAAAAGUGAAGUGCAGUUCCCCAAAUGUCCACAAGAGUCUGUCCCAAAACACAGAGAAUCCCUAUUAACCUCAUGUUUAAAUGUCAAUAAAUUUGUUUAUGCACUUGAAUUUGCAUAAUUAUGCACAUAUGGUUGACUGAUUGAUAUGCACGUUUAAUCUGUAUUAAAGUUAGCAUAAGGCCUACAUCAGCUCCACCUCUGUAUACGGUGACCGCCAUCUUUAAUCUUCACAGUAGCCAAUGAGAGACCAGCAGGUGACGUGGCUGUUUCUACGCCCACGGUUUACUUUCAUCAUAGCGAAAUCCAAUCUCACUUUCUUCCCCUCAGCUCUGAGAUGGGCUCAGGUCUCUGGGGGAGAUGGGAGCUGCUCCCCCCGAGGGACCCUGUGCCCCUGGAAAUUUCGUCUGAAUUUAAACUCUGUCACUGUUUUUUAGUUUCUGACAGCAGUUUGGUCAGCCUGGAAUAAAAGCAGUACUCUGUAGAGGGUGUCGGCAGUCAUAACAACUCAGGUGAGGAGAGAAGAGAAGAAGAGGAGGACGGCACAAAGAGAAACUUUAUUAAUAAAAGAAAUAGAGAGAUACUAAGUACAGAGUGACAGGAGAGCAACCUUUGUUCUUCCAUCCCAUUAUGGAGGAACAGACUGGAGGUGGGUGGGUUGACAAGGCCAAGUGAAUAAGUGAUCUGUCAGAAGUGAAGACAUCAGACCUCUUAAGUGACAGUAUGUUUGCUGCAGAAACAAAGGAACAACUUCCAUUUCACAAAUGAUAACUCCUGACUGGCCUUUCCUCCAUUUCCAAACUCUUUCACCUUUAUUUUCCCUUUCAUCUGUGCCCUUAGUUUGUUUAGUCUUCUUUUUAAAUUCCCCUAAAAGCCACUGAGUACACAGCUUUAACUUUUCACACUACGAUCCAUGAAAGUUUCUAUUUCUGUCCUUUAAAAAGCAUCGACUUCUAUCUUGUCACUGUGACUUCUGCUUAAUUUGAAUCCUCCCAAUCUGCCAAUCCAAAAUAAAUUCAAAUCUAACCUGCUGUUAGUUUGUUAUUUGCAUAACAGCUUUACACAAAGUCGUGUGUAAAGCAACUUUUUUAUUUAAAGGUUUUAACCUGCGGUGUGUUUUCUAAACAGUUUAAAGCCAGAAAAAUAACCAAAAAACAGGCACGGUACUGUGAUGAAAGUACGGCAGAAGAAAGUGACAAACUUAAAGAGGUUUUGUUGUUUAUACGUGUAAAUCUGAAAGUAGAAACGAGUCAGUUUUUUUAAGCUAGCAUGAGUCAGCAGUUUUUAUGCUAGCACUUCAAACAUCAACAACCUUCUACUUCUCAACUGUUUCACCAUUUUUACCUAACUUUUGCUGCAUACUUAUUUUAUUUUCAUUAUAUUAUUUAGUAGACGAAGUAUUUUUAUCAUCGUAGCCUAUAAUCAGAGUUAAUGAGAGACACAUUAGCCUAAGUUUGGCUAGCAGUCUACGCAGCGCCGCUUAAGAGUGUUGCUUCAUCCAAAGUUUUACUAGUUUUUAUCAGCAGUUGUGUAUGUUUUAGCAAAGAGGAGAGCUCUGUGGAUCAUUUAAUUUCUGUUUUUAACAAAAUUAGCAUCAGAAAUGACAAGUCCUGUCCAAAAUAUUGAGCUAACGUCACUGAAAAGAGCUCAGCUCGCGUCCUUUUGGGUGUAAUGUGUUGGAAAAACAGCUUUUGAGUGACAUGCAGGACAUAUUCAGACUUCUCUGGCUUAAAAAACUAAAUGGUUUUGAUUUCAAACUUAAUGUCUCAUCGGUAUAAAGUGUGUAAAAAUGACAAGUGAUGAAACAAACUGAGCUAAAGCUGCUCGUUCCUGACCUCCUGUCCUCUAAAGAGAGAGUAACUUUAAAAACCAAACUUUAAUUUCUGCUUUUAAUCACCGUGUAGGUUUGUUUUCAGAGGAGGAUAAUUGAGCAGCUUGCCACUUCACUCUUUUUGACGUACACUUCUUAUUAACUCCUGUUAUUUGUGGAGACAAUGUUGUCAAACUCAUAAUUGUUUUUUAACUUCUAAAAUCAAGAACAUAUCCUUGAAAUUGUGACAGAACCGUUUUAUACGCCGUUUUAUAAAGCGACAGGGUUGAACUCGGGUUCCUGAAGACUUACGUCAUCCUCCAUCCUCGGGCUACUGCAAAAGAAUUAUGAGUUUCUUGCAGUAUUUCCGAACAUCUAUAAAAGUGACAACUCACAAGGAGAGAUCUGCCUUUAAUGAGAUGCUUCAGAGUAAAUAUAAUCCCGAACAUGAGUGGAUCAUUCUGUCUGCGAGGAUACGAAGAUCAUCCCAUCAUCUGAGAGUAGACAUGACAAGCUGCUCCGAUCAGCUAAUGCUCAUAUAUCGGACUUCCAUCCGUCUAUCCCCGGGCUUUGUUUGCUGUUGGCUGUCCGAUACGUUUUGUGCUUACUGUCAGCUCUGCGGCUGCUCGCUGAUGUCCAUUCCACUCACAUCAAGUCGUCCUAAAGCGGCCGCCGUGCCCUAUGGUAAAAUAUGACUUCUUCCCAAGGUAUUAUUUGUUCAACAAAAUGAAAACACAAUGUCGACCCAGAUAACAUUGGGAGGGAUGUACAAGAAGACGAGCCAAAUAAUGCUUGCUUUACAUGCAGCCGUGCGGAAGUCAAGAUAUCCGUCUCCUUUUCCAACCUACUGUAAUUGAGGAGAUUGUGAAGCGUCGUUGCAAGGUCAGGACGACUGAGGGGAGGAAGAAAGGCUGUUUUGUGCGAGGAGCUGAAUGGGAGCUAGUGCUUUGCAUUCCUAUCGGGUGUCUGCGGAGGAUAGAGCCGUCCAACCAAAUGAGAUUCCCAAACAUACGUCCUCCCUGACUGAGGGUUGACUUUCAGCCCCGGACUAAAAGGAUUACAACGCUCGCUAUGGUAUGAGGCGAGCAAAUACAGGGGGGGAGAACAAAAAAAGUUGAAAAGAUUGAAGAAAAAAAAAAGCGAGUGAAAGAAGAUCAAAAGUAAGUACCGAGCAUGAUCAAACCACUUUGUCUGCGGAGAGCGCUGAUUGAUGUGCCACUCGUCCUUUUAGCUUGUAAAAGGACUAAUAGCAAAAGAAGAACGGAUUAUCUGAGUGUGGUAUACACUUAGAGAGCCAGAGGCUGCGGCCUAAGAGCUCGUCUCCUGAAGACGUCAUUAAGGGAUCAACCUUAGAGCGCCACACUUAAUCAUGACUCUGAGCGCUUGUUGUUUCCACCCCCCCAAGUACAUGCAGCUGGGCGCUCUUCCCUCAUUGUCGACUCUCUAGCCAGUUGUCACAUAGGAUUGCAGCGUGUAGAUCUUAUCUGAUUGCAAUUACUGUUUGUUAAUUGCCAGAUAAAGUACGACUGAUGAACGAGGCCCUAAAAAAGGAAUAAACGGCUUUUGAGUUGAACACAUGGUUCGGCGCGGAGAACAGGCAUCUGCACGCUCAGGUGGAGACUUUUCCCACAAUGCAGCGGGCGAGCGGAGGGAAAGAAAGACAAAAAACUGCAAGGAACACAAAAGAAAAAGCUUUUGUCAUUGCAAGAGACAUCAUGGCAACCAGAGAACACAGCAUGGAACAAAACCACUUUUGUUUGUGCUGGAAAAAAUGAAUCUGAAAUAACACAAUGGCAGGUUAUUAUAAACAAGGGAGCAGCUCUUGACACACAGUAAAAGAUAGAAUGAUGAAACUGCGCCUGAAUUACAACAUCCCGUCUCCAGUUAUUUGGUAAACCCAAUCUCCCCCUGCUCGCUUUUCUCUUUUUUCCCUUCCUUUUCUUCUUUACGGCUGCUUUAUCGAGUUGUGAGGCGCUAACAAAUGAAACUUUAAUCUUUCCUGAACAAGAGUAACAAAGGCGGUUGGGAGAGGAAGGAAUUAAGAGGAGUGAUCGAGAUGAGGGAGGAGGAAAAAAAAAAAAAAGGAGACGCUGGCGGUGUCUCGUAGGGGAGCUGGUUGGCUGCUAAUCUUGCUAAUCUCGCUGUAUUGGCCAAUGAUUUUUUCCCUCUCCUGCAGGAGGGGGAAUAGUACACCGCCUCUCAUUAGCAGGCGAGCUGCAUACACGCCUCGGAGGGCCCUGGCUGUCACUGGGGAAGAGAGUGUUUGUUUAUUUCAUUAUUUCUUGCUUUACCAAAGGGCACAUAUCCACUGAAAAUGGUUAAUGGCCUGUGGUUUAGGAGUGUUUGUGCUGUACUAUCAUAUCUCAUAAAGUAUUUACAGCCCCUGAUAGGCCCCAGUGGUUCUGGGCCUGGUGGGUAGACUCCUCAAUGUAGUCCUUAGCAUGGAAGCGCGCACGCAGACACACGCCUCCAACACUGGCCUGAAGAAAUGGGCUUGAAAUCAGGAGGGAGGAAAAAAAGAAAAAAGGAAAAGCCAGAUGAACAAAGACAUAAUAUGCUUCCCAGUCCUGUAUGACUCAGCGGCUGAAGCAACCUGGAGGGAAGGACUCAAGCGUCUCAUGCUUGCAGAGUGGGAAGGUGCAGGGAUUUGUGUGUUUAUUUGUGGGGGGUGGGGGUUGGUGUCUGUUCAUGCUCCUCCAUUACCAGCUGCUCACCUUGGCAAGGAGGCAAGGAGUUCGCAAUAUGGCACAGGCCUUGCUGUACCCGCGCCAUGGCAGCCCCUGCGGUCUCCAGCGGCGACCUGGAGCACACGUUGGCAGUGUUUGUUGAUUAGGCGAUAACUUUCUGCAUGUGUGCGACGAGGAAGAGGAGGAGGGAGCGACUUCAAUUACGCGGCGGCGGCGGAGGAAAAGGGUGUGAUGAGGUCGUGCAGAGACGGGGCCUUAGCAAACAUCUGUCUGACGAUGUCGCAGGGGCGAAGUGAUGUCAGGGCGAGAUACGGCGACAUGGGCGCAGCACCUUUGAUUGUUUUCGCGCUAUCGCCUGCCUACUACUGUUCUGAACACCUGUUGGUUCAGUCGGGGGGAGGUUAAUGGAUUUUCAUAAUCAAAGAUUGAGCCUCUUUAUCUGCGAUCAGGUGACUGAGUUAUAUUUUAAUUAAAGCGGACAGAUUUUAGAGCAGAGCAGGGCCGUAUCUAAGAUUUCAGAUGCACAGGGAUCAGGAGCAAAGAGGCCCCUCUCGGCCCCCUUUAUGUGACAUUAUGCAUCUUCAUUAACCAACUUUUAAGCACUUCUUUAUGUCCUUUUUUUCAAAGCAGUAACAGUUUAAUUUUUGGUUUUAUUUUCCAAACUUUGACCCACAAAAACACUGAAGGUCAUGUAGUUAUAGUAACUUUUCUGUGCCAUCCCUAACAGCUGAGACAUAUUGAGGUGUGUGCAUGUUAUUAAAGCAGCAGUCAGUGCAUAGUCUCACUUCAUCCACAGCGACCAGCGUGCAUUCUUCCAGCGCUCCAGAGCCCGUGAACUUUUGUUUAUGCCAAGAUCUGUGACACAUGGAGGACAGCUUCUGCAGCUCUCUGCAGGACUGCAGCGGGGUUGUACAUCUGUGUUCCUGAGCUGCAGUCGAACCCUGUGCUCUGGCCUCGGUCUCCUUUAUCCCUUUGGAAAAGUUGGACCGAGGAGUCUCUGUACACUUUCAUUUCUGCUAUGCACUCGUAAAUGAGGCAUAUUGCAGUUGGAGUUGAACACAACUUCCUCCGUGGAUCAUUAUUUUGCAGGUACUGCACAUGUGCAACUCUCUGCAAAAAUAGGAAUGAAGUAAAAUGCCUUUCUUGCAAGUUUGUUUUGUGCAUACUUACACUGUACACAUGUACGUUUGACGGUGUGGAGGUUGCCUGCAGGCUAGAUUUGGCUCCAGGGCUGCGAAUUUAAUACUCUGGCUUUAAAUCGAGACUAAAAAGCAGAAAUUUGUCUAGUUCUUUGUAUUACAGUUGCAAAUAUUGUGUCGUUUCCCUCCAAAUUUUGUGUUGAGACAAAAGCACAAAUAUGCUCAUGCUCCAAGAAGAGCUCGAUCUUUGUUUUCAGAAGGGACGGUUGCAAUAAACAGAUUAACUCUAUUAACCUGAAAUGAGUAUUUUCAGCUCACCUGUUUCCAUGUGAGAAAACCACGUCUUUAGAUGGAAGUUUGUUUUUUUUUCAGUGUAGAAAGGUGAAAUCUAAAACUGCUGCUCCUGCAUUCAAAGAAAUUACUCAAAUUCUGCAAAUUCCCUCAAACAAACACCGAGCACAUGACCUCCUGAUCGCAGUAGUAGCUCUGGCCUUGCAGCAAAGUCAAGAAAAAAAAAGAGGAAUUUCUAAAAAAAUUAAAAUAAAAAGGAUAUUUGAGUGAAAAUAAAUCAACAAAAGAGGCGGUGACGUAGAAACUGACAUUACACCUUUAAGUCUCUGCAGCCCUGACUGCACAUCUCAAGUUUACACAUCAACAGUCAUUUGAAAGGCUAUUUUUGUGCACAGUCUGAGGCUACCAUCUGGCUACCGAGAAGGCAGCCAGUUCUCGACAGGCCAGGACACAAGGCCUUAAAGGCUAACUGGCUAAUUGCCCCAAGCAGCCCAUUUCCAGUGCCAUCUUUUUGGCCUAACUGGAGUGAAGCACAAAUGGCGGCCAGAUCCAGUCUGCUCUAACAUUUGCUUCACUUGAAGCUGAUUAAUUUCACAAACAAAGACAGCUCGGCUUGUAAGUUCUCACGCACAGAUGUCUGAUGAGUACCACUCCACUUCUCAGCCCACUUCAAACUGGAAGAUGAAGCGCGGAGGAACAGAAAUAAAUAUCAUCCACUGUGAAAAAAUGCCAACCACUGAAAAUAUUUUGGUAUCACCAAGCAGAGAAGUCUAAUUGAGUGGAAGGUUUUAAAAUAUGUCGCCUAUUACUGAUGUUAUAUUUGUUUAAGUGCAGGAUUAAUGGUUUUCUUCACGGCUCAAAGACGGAGACGCUUCUGUCGUCGUUUUUUUUUCUCUUUUACCGAGUCCUCAAAGUUUUCUCUAAACAUCUGAGGGGAUGUGAUCUUACAUCAGAUGCAAAUCCUCUUGUUUUAAGUAACGUUUGAAAUCAAGUUUUAUGUUUGUAGAUGAGAGAAGAGACGUUUCUUGUUUUUUGUUUUUCAUCAAGACAGACUUUAAAGUAUGAAAAUGAGUCACUUCCUGUUGAAGAUGUAGUUUGAAACUGUAGAAAUUAGUGUAUUUAAGGCCACAGUUAUCUCUGCAGUGAGGUACAGAAGGGCUACAGUCAAGCAAACCGGGUGAUGCUAGAGCCACCAACAAGAAGAGGCAGCAGCAGCUUUGAUGUUAGCAGCUAGCUGGCCGUAGGAGACCACUGAGAAUGGUUUCUGUGUCAUUUCAAAAUAAAAGCGUGAUUUUAUAUUACGAUAAACAAGCAACCUUAAAGGGAUACUCCAGCGUAAAAUUAAGUAAGGGUCAGACACACUUCAACACUGAGUUAGACACGCCCCCGAGACAUAAAUGUUGCAGACUGCUUGCUUCUCUAGUUAUACCAACUUUAGUAACGACCGCACGAUAGCAAUACACAAUACAAAAACCAAAACACCACUCUAUAGCCACAAAUAAUGCUCAGAACAGCACCUAACUUCAUCAACAGGACAUAUAGGGUCACAGACAUAGUACUAGACACCAAACAUCUUUGUAACUUUGACUGAUUUCUUUAGCAAAGAGACUAAACACAACUCACCCACUCUCCUCCAGCAGUGGAGAGCUUGAACAAGUCCAUUAUGGACUACAGCAGGGUGACACAGCUCAUGGAAGAACAUUUAUGAUCAUUUCUUCAUGGAAAUACAAUCAGACCGAGACACUAAGGCAGAAGAACUACAGCGUCUGCAGUGAAAAAUGACUAAAACGGUGAUUAUUACUUCCCAAGGGGGUGUCUAACUCUGUGUUACGGCGUAUUUGACCCAAACUUAAUUUUAAACUGGAAUAUAUCCCUUAAAAACAAGACAAUAAGAUUUUUUGUCAAUUAACACCAAAGGUUUGUAUUUUGUCCACAGGGGGCGCCAAAGUAAACACAGACAAAAAGUUCCUCACAGCAGCUUUAAAUAAAAAUAGAAAACAGACGAUAAACUCGUUACACUCUGCGAGCCUGAUGCAAGCAAUCGCUGUCAGCUCACCCUGAUAAUAUAGUACAAGUGUCACAUAGAGGCUGAAUUAUAUGCAUGCAGUCCACUUUAAAGCUGGAGCAGGUCUGUUUUGCUCGAUCUUUAAAAGCGUUCUCCUCGGGCCUCCGCCGAGGUGAUUUACUGCGAGAGAGCCGAGGUGAGGAGUGGAGCUCUGGGCAUUGUUUCAGCUGCUUACCGUCAAACUUCUAUACGUUUAACUUUCCAGCUUUGGCAGUAAGUCUGUCUGGACGGUGUGUACGCAGAGUGCAGCUGGGAGUGUGUGCACAGGUUGGCUUUCGGGAAGUUAGACAGUUGGCAGGUGUGCGGAGAGAUGCCAGAGGGGUUUAGGACCCCAGCCUACUUCUAUAGACUACAGGGAUGCUCUUUCCACGUUAAAUGCAUGACUCUUUUAUACCUUUUUCAGAUCAUUGCUGGUGAUUUUAAUUUUUAAUUGUAAGGGGGCUGAUUAGAAUGAGUGCAGGAGCUUCUUAUAAUGUGAUUUUUUCGUUGUUUUCAGGAUGUACGGCCGCUCUUCGCCUCAAAAGGCUUCAGAAAUAGAGAGGCUCGUCUUCUUCUUAAGGAGAAAAAUGAUUCAGGGUCUCUUUUAUAGACAGGCUGACAUUAUAAGAGGGAGAUUUUUAUGCAGUGCUCCAAAAGUCCCCGUGUUAAUGGACAUAGCGUCAUGCUCUCUGCCUUUUUUACGAUUUGCUACCAUAGGAGGGCAGAGGAGAAAAGGCAAGCUAUUGACUCGCCCGGGCUUCUUGGUGACCAGACCGACUGCACAUGUGGCUUUCUUUUCUCCCCCUGUGACAGUUUAAUUGUAUUUUCGAUAUAAAUUGAUCAAAGAGCCAUUGUGAAUGCACGUCGGGCUGCCACAUUGAUUUCCGGGAGAGGUUUUUUCCCCCUCCCCUCUUAAUUUGAGUAGAAGGGCAGCAGUAAAUUCUCCUCCCCAGCAAGGUGUGCAACUGGGAGGGACGGGGUCACUGCAGCGGGCGCCGGAGUUCGAUACUCUGCGCUGACUUGUAAUAUCCUUCAGGGGGAGCGAGGAGGAACUCUUCAAAACCACAAGAUCUCUCUGUUUCCAUAGAAAUGACAGUCGACACCGCAUAUGUCACACUGUCUAUCUCGCAUCUCGGCCGAAAGGAGAGGACUCAACGGUUAUUAACUGAAUUGUCGCGCCGGCAGAGAUAGGCAGCUUGAUAGACAAUCAUAGAAAAGGACAUUGCAGCUCUAACAGCAGGAGAAAGAUAAUAAUGUUGAAGUGGAUUGUUUUCAGCCAACUGAGUCUCUGUUUGGAAGCACUUUCUGUAAAGCAGAACAAAAAAAAAACAAAUAAAAUUCUGCAGGAUCUUCUCCUGGCUUGGUUAGACGAAGAAAAAAAAAGAAAAAAAAACAACAAGGUUUGUUUUGACCAGAAUUCAAGUGGGUUAAUGAAACAGCUCCACUCAAGAUCCUAAUCCGAAGAAGCUAAAAAUUCAGCAACACACUCGACCGGAUGGGUUAGACAGGCAGAGAAAGGAAUGAAAACAGUCUUUUUUUUUUUUCUUUCAACCGGCAUUCAAGCAGGCGAACAAAAUAGUGUUAAAGAUGCUAAUCCACAAAGCUGCUCGUCUCGCAUGUGCCAGCUUUGCCCCGAUAAAACAGCAUGAAUUAGUAAAGCUUCCCAGCACCUGGGAUAAAAAGCUUUUUAAUAUAUGAUGAGAAAGGAGACUUUGCAAUGCGCUCCCACGUGACCCAGCUGCAACGCACAAUAUUCCCCCUCAGUCUGUCCACCGGCAGAGCCAAGAACGCUUGUAGACACAACAGCAACAACAACAACAACAACAACAGCAGCAGCUCCCGCUUAAAGGAAAAUAUGCAUUCAGAGCGUCAGAUUCGGCUCACUUGAGUUAAUGAGGUGUCAAUAAAAGAGCUCAGAAUGAUGUCCCAGCACCCGUUUAUGAUUGCAGACAUUCAAGCGGCGUUUGUACUUAGCCGACACGUGCCCUCUUUUCGCCCUUUACCUCCCUGUGCAAUUAUUAACAUGUCCUUGGUUAUUAAAGAGGGAGGAAAGGCAAGUAGGCAGGCAUGCAGCAGGGAAGGGGGGGAAAAAAUGACCGGACAAGCUUUUGAUGAGUUCUCUGAGAUAAAUAUGUUGGGGGGAUUUGGCGGUGGAAUUAAAAUGUCAGCGCAUGCUAAGCUGCUGUUCAUGCAGGAGGAAAAAAAAUUAAACAGGAGAUAGAGAGGGAGCGAGCAAAUAAUGAUGAGAAGCCGCGCAGACAAGUGGACUUUCGUGGUCCUCUGGCGUGUCGGUCAUGUUGGCGAGCCAUGAGGGAUUGGCAGGCCGCGAACGUGAGCGCCACACUCAUGCUGGUACUUCACAGACUCCGACCCAUCGGCGCUCUGCGAAAAUGACAAACUGUACGCAACAAAAUCACUAGGAGCAACAUAUUAAAACCUUCUUGAUAUCUGGCUGCAGUGUUGCAUGCACAAAGUCGAGAGGCUGAUAAAGCGUUCAAAAAACUUGAGGGACAUCUGCCAGCUGCUCUUAAAGGGAUACUCCAUCAUAAAAUUAAUUUAGGGUCAAACACACGCAACACUGAGCAAGACACCCCCUCGAGAGAUUGCCGACCGCUUGCUUCUCUAGUUAUACCAACUUUAGUAACGACCGCAGGAUAGCAAUACACAGCGGUCUAAACGCCAAACAAAACGCCACAAAUAAUGCUCAGAACAGCACCUAACUUCAUCAAGUUUUCUGACUUCUUUAGUAAAAAGACUAAACACAACUCACCUACUUUCUUCCAGCAGUCGCUUGUUUGGAGCGAGACCUCAGGCCAGUCCAUUACAGACUACAGCGGGGUGACGCAGCUCAAGGAAGAACAUCUAUGAUCAUUUCUUCAUGGAAAUACAAUCAGACUGAGAUGCUAAGGCAGAAAAACUACCGUGUCUGCAGUGCAAAAUGAUAAAUAUGAUGAUUAUUUCUACAAGGAAAUGAUAAAGAAAUGAUCAUAAAUGUUCUUCCUUGAGCUGCGGCACCCCGCAGCGGCUGCUGGAAGAGAGUAGGUGAGUUGUGUUUAGUCUCUUUGCUAAAGAAAUCAGGCAAAGUUAGAAAGAUGUUUGGUGGCUAGUGCUAUGGCUGUGACCCUAUGUAAAAAUAAUAAUAAUUAUAAUAACUUUAUUUGUAUAGCACUUUUAAAAACAGAAGUUUACAAAGUGCUUUGACAUAAAGUCAUAGAGAACAUGGAAAAAGACAGAUAAAAACAAAAAUCUCAGUAAAAACGAAAUUGAAGGUUAUUUUCAUGUCAUAAGGAACCCAGACAAUAUAAGAACCAUGUAACAUAAAAUGACAAAGUGUAAAAAAGUGUAGUGUAAAAACAUGUAUGUACUGUUGAUGAAGUUAGGUGCUGUUCUGAGCAUUAUUUGUGGCUAUAGAGUGGCGUUUUGGUUGAGGUUUGUUUAUGGCUCCUCAGACCGCUGUGUAUUACUAUCAUGCGGUCGUUACUAAAGUUGGUAUAACUAGAGAAGUAAGCAGUCGGCAACAUUCAUCUCUCGACGGGGGUGUCUAACUCGAUGUUACAGUAUGACCCUAAAUUAAUUAUACGCCGGAAUAUCCCUUGAACACUUAGAGCGAUUGGCGUGUAGCCUACUGUUAGCUGGACUGUUUGCUUAGCUAUGUCGGAGUCAGAGGGAGAAGAAGAAGAAGCGUCUAUCACAAGCUUAAAUGGCAAUAUUUUAAAAUUGGAUCACACUCAUGUAUGAUACCGUUAGAAGCUUCUUUUUAUGUACAGAAGACCUUAAUUAAGACGGCGAGAAGACUGUCAUGGGUUUGUGUUUCCAGAGGCUUUAAGCGCCCUCGCUGUGUGCUUUCCUCCUGGCAGGAUGUGAAUUUCACACAGAUGAGGUGAAGCCACAGCGAUGACAGUUUACUAAAGAUGAUAUGAAUCUGUUAAAUAACACCAAAAGCACUUAUCAAAGCUGUCAGUGUUUCUCUGCCAAGGCUCAGAUUGGUCAGAUCGUUGAUAUGUGAGCGGUGUAUCAGAAAUACCUAAGUAGAAAACCGUGUAUCUGCUUUGAAACUUGAUUUUUUUCUCCUGACAUCUUUAGUUCAAAGUGCUCGUUUUCGGGAUAUUUGCUCUGAACUCCUCAGACUUCACCUGUCAAUCUAACUCUGCAGCCAGCGCUGUGAUGUACCUCCUUUUUUUUUCCCUCUCGGUGGAUGUUGUUUCUGCUCACAGCCGCUAUUUCCACUCAUGUUAACUGGGAGCUUUUCCCCCCUGCACAGAGCGAGCUGACACUCUGUGUUCAUGAGAGAAAAUUAAGCAAAUGUGAAAGCUUUCAUAAAGCUGAGUUGUAAUCAUUGUUGUGCUAUAACAAUUAGCAGUGGAGAGCUGCAGAGUGGAAAUGUAUUAAAAUGAAAGGGCCACAAACUGUUGCUUGAAAUCAAUGUUUUGGAGCUGCGGGGAUACUCAUUAGUGUUGUUUCUUUCUGUUUAAUCCUCAGCUUCACUCGGAUGGAGAUCGAGGAGACGGCAGCACACGCUACGUCCUCACAGGGGACGGGGCGGGGACCCUGUUUAAGAUAGACGAGAAAUCCGGGGACAUCCACGCCACCAAGAGGCUGGACAGAGAGGAGAAGGCCUACUACAUCCUCCACGCCAAGGCCGUCAACCGCUUCACCAACGAGGCGCUGGAGGGCGAAUCUGAAUUCAUCAUCAAGAUUCAUGACAUCAACGACAACGAGCCGAAAUUCACCAAGGACCCGUACUUCGCCAGAGUGCCAGAAAUGUCAGAUAUCGGUGAGUUUGUGCUCAUAAUUUCUACCUCACUGGGCUGAGAAAGAUAUUUUAUUGACUUUUUAGGGGAUUGAUUUCGCAACAUUGAACAAACCGUUAAAGUUUGAGACUUAAAGCUCCUGUGAAAUGGUCUGAAAUUAAUUUUGAUGCAUUUUUAUGAUAUCCAAAAGCAAACGAGGUCAUUAGCAACAAGAUUGACCAUUUCUCAGAUGUUACAGCUGCAUUUACAUUUUCUUUAUGAGAUAUUCAAAAUAAAAGGUAAAUUUAACUAAAUAGAUAAGCAAAGACUGCUCUGUCCACAAGAGGGCGCCAAGAUUGACGCAAAACAAAAGCAUCUGACAGGAGCUUUAAGUUAGACAGCUAUCUGUUUUUUUCUCCUUUUCCUGAAACUAACCUUGCACAGUAGCAUUGUCUGCAUUCGGCGGGAGAGUCGCUGAGAGUCAUUGUGAUAACGCCCGGCUUAAACAGCGUAUCCCCCGGGUGAGCUAGGCAAUCCCUGAACACCAAUAGGCUGUAUCAGGUGUCAAUCAAAGAAGACAUGAAUCCCCUAAUAACUUUUAAAAACGGAGCUGCACAGAAAAAAAGAGGACUUGAGCACAAACCAGUCUGACUGUAACUACAUGUCAACAUCUCCGUAAACUUUGCUGGCGGAGGCGGGAUUUAUGACUUAUACUGCAGCCUGUCAACAGAGGGUGCUGUUCUCGGAGUGGCUUCACCCAGCAAGGAGGCAGACUGUCCAUUCUACCAGUGGCGGCUGCUGGUCUUUCAAGGAGGGGAAGCUCAUUUUUCUGGCCUACAUCAUAAUUGUAUUUGUUUAUUAGUAUGUAACAGAACAGAGUCGCCAAACACAACGGCAGUCGUUUUUAACAAAGACAAAAGUCGCUGAGGAUCGGUAAAGUCUCUGGAGCAGUUAAGAACAACGGAAUGAAUGACUUGGAAAAUGCUCUGGUAGAUGUUUUAUUCUUCAAGAUCGCUGAUUCGCUUGUUUAGCUGUCAAUCAAAAAAGGAUUUCGCCUCAGACAGCUCAUCCAAUCAUGGAUGCAGAAGCUUGGAGUCCGGGAGAAAGUCGGGACCGCCCUCUCGCCAUAGAGCUCCAGUGAAGCUUAGCUUCCAUUGGGCGGGACAAAGCCCAGCAUUUAUCCAAUGAGCGUCUAGUUUCGCUGCUGGAACAACCCACUUUAAGCUUCCACAUUGAAGUCAGCAGAAGCCCAGCGUCCGGCUGUUUGAAGCGCUGAGGCGCUGCGAGGAUGAAUGAGAACAAAGUUAUGCCGGUUACCUGUGAUUAUCAGCUUCUUAUCACAGUGUCUGAACAAAAGUUGAAGGCUUUCUAGUGCGUAUUUAGUUAAUGAAAUGUACACACAGCAGUACGUAUUUCACCACUUUUUCUUUUUUUGGGGGGGUGACAUUUUAAGGGAAGCCGAGCUUCCCUUGCAGUCUUAGAGCAAUCGCCACUGCAUUCUACAUACAGUCUACGUUUACAUUAUUGACAAAAUAAGCAAAGACUGACACAAACAGAAAACUCCUUACAGUAGCUUUAACUGACUCGUGCAAACGAGCUUAUGAGGUUUAAAGUUCCUGUGAGGAAUUUUAGGUCUAAUUUUAGUCACCCAUAUAUAUAUAUUUUUAAAAAUAUUUCUGCCUUCCAUUGAUGUUCAAAUGUACCACUUAAAAAAAAACUUUGGUAAAAAAGAAAAUAAAAAUUAAUAAGGUGUAACGGAGGCGGUUUCCUGUCUGACACCUACCCUGCAGCGAUAGUUUCAAACAUUCAAAAAUAGCCUUACAGAGAUCGACGGCAUUGACGCUGAUGGUCUUGUUUGUGUUUGUUGGUCUAACAGAAACAUCAGUAACAGAUUUAGUCUGAUUAACAACCAAAUGAAGAUUACUCACAGGAGCUUUAAUAAGUGAGGCCUCUACAGGCGCACACCCCUCCUUCAGACAUGGAAUAAUUUCGCCAUGUAGGAAAUGAAAGAGUUAAUAAAUGCAUAGUGGAUUAAUACGAUGAAUAAUUCAGGGAUCAAUGAAAACAGUCGUUCUCUGAGCAUUAACAGCAGGCGUCUGUGUGUUAAACUACUUUGAUUGAUCACAACUCAGACAAUAAUUAAGUGUUUACACAAAUUAGGGUGUGUAUGUGUGUGUUUGUGUGUGUGUGCGGACGUGUGCAUGUGUGGAGCCGGAUUUAACAGGCUUAUGAUCCAAGUAGGAUAGAGAUGUUGCCAGUCUUACCGGAUCAAUGGGACUUUAUCAAUCAUAAUAAUGAUGCAGACUCAACAAAGAGGGCCCCACUAAUUAAAUGAGAGAGACUAGGAGCUGUUUCAUGACCGCAGAAUAAACAAGGUAAAACGUGUGUGUGUCUGUGUGUGUGUGAGUGUGUGUGUGACGGCGACAGCACUGGUGCAGAUAAUCUUUUAAAUACAGUUUUGCAUCUUAUUAAAACAGUAUUUAAUUUAAUUACCAGGACUGUCAGCUGUGUCAUCUAAGUGAAUCUUCCCAGUUUCUCCGACGGCACUGUUCGCAGUUUUAUUAUUUCUUCUUGUCAGUCAAAUGAAAGUUUAAUUCGGCGUGCACUUUGGCUCCAGCUCCUCUUCUAAAAGUACAUACUGUCCUCAUGAAUAUAGAUAAACAACAACAAAAAAUAAAACAAGGCUGCUAAUCAAUACUUGCAUGAAAACGUGGAGUGAACUCUGUGUUCUGCUGCUUCUGCUGCUGCUGCUGCCGAGCUUCGGGGACUGAGGGACAUCGCUCUCGCAGCUCGGACAUGUGACAGAGUUGUCACUUGGUUCAGCAACCCCAAGAGAGAGGCCGGCACUUAUCUAAGGGCAGCACGGGUGCCCAUGGCAACAACCGAGGUGUGAUGUCACCGCUUGGCAGAGCAUGUGUUCACGAGUGACUGCGCCGAGACACUGGCCCUUUAAGUGUGACAUACACUUUGAGUUUUAUUAUAGUCUCACGGCGCUGACAUUCUUUUUCUGGGAGUCUUCGGCUUCGACGCACCCCGCCUUUGACAACUGAGCGAUUACAGUCAGGGUAAUUUAGUCCCCCUCCACACAAAAAAAAGAUAAUUCCUGACUUGUUUGUCUGAAAAUUCAGCCCUCCAAAAAGCUUAAAGUCAGCGAUGAGAUGGCUGAUGUGGAUCAGUGAUAUUUUCUAAAAGCCGCCGUGUCAGAAAAGCUUCUUUGAGUCUAAUUCCCUAGUUAAAGGUAUUACUGAUCAAGGUUCGGUGAACUCGCUCCCGAAUCCUCCCGAACUGUCACUUACACCAAAUCAGACAGCCGUGGUCUUCUUCACGCUUUGCUUUCUAGUCCUACGAUUUUUUCUUCUUCUUCUCCCCCUCUCUCAAACAUCCAUCAUUCCUACAAACGACGCAGAUUUGAGAGGAGGGGAACUCUUUUCUCACCCUUUUGCAGAUCACAACUGACACCAAAUUAGAGAAGUUUCACGGGGUCCUUAUCCCUUUGUAUUGCACAAUUCUAUAUUUAUACCACUUUGCCAUUAAAUAUUUCUACUCAAUUAAUUUUCUUCUGCAUGUAAUGAGGCAACACUUGGCCCCGCAAGGCGCCAUUUGGGAGGUAGCACUUGGCUAACCGUUUCCCUUUGUUCUGCUGAAAUAGGGCUUCAGCCUCUCUGGAAGAGAAAAUGGAUCACACUCGUUCGCCUGCGAUCAGAUAUUUGGCUUCUCCAGAUCUGUGGAUACACUAAUAGGCUUCUUGGGGUUUGCAAAGAGCCUGGUAUCGGUGCUGCUCCUAUGCUAAGAGAGAUAUACUCAGAAAAAUACAUUAGGACUUAUCGAUUAGCCGUGAAAAUCAAUCAUGUAUAAGGGUGUAAGUGGCCGAGGAGUAAAGAUCGGUUUGGGUAAUGCAAAGGGACAGAAACAGUCAGUCACAUUCUGCAUGAGCGUGAUUAGAAGAGGAGCCGACACCUCAUCAGAAGGUGCAUCAGCUUAAGCAAUUAUCCAGCAGGCAAUUUUCAGCAGUAUUGAAGAGUUGAUCUAAAUCAUCGUCAUGAAUCUUCCUCUCACAGGCACUUCGGUAAUUCAGGUGACAGCUACAGACGCAGACGACGCCACGUACGGGAACAGCGCCAGGGUGGUGUACAGCAUCCUGGAGGGCCAGCCCUACUUCUCAGUGGACCCAGAGACAGGUCAGUGUGGACUUUAUUUCAUCUCAAACCCACCUGAAAGGAUCCCAGCGACCCCGUUAUUUCCCCUUUUAUGAGACGACCAUAUAAUGAAACGCUAUCUCCGAGAACAUGCCUCUAGUUAAAUCAAUGCUGUCCAUUAUUGAGUCCGGCAGGAGAGUCUCGCAGCGCUGUAGGAAUUUUCGAAUGAAUCGGAGUUGAAGAAUUUGAUCAAUAUUGUUUUAAUAGCUGGAGAAUGACUCUGUAUUCAUAAAAAACAGGGACUCUUUGUUUUAAACGGAGAGCAGGCAGCAAAAAGUUCCCAGUUUCAAAGUUAAUCCUGUCAGGGCCUGAGUCAUAAAACACAGAAACACCGACUCUGAAAAAAAGAAGAAAAAAAAAAUCUCAGAACCGAAGAAAAAAAAAAAAACAUCUUUUCUGUACCUUUGAGAAAUAAAUGGACUGCUUGUAGGAAGGAAAGGAGGUUGGUUUGUUAUUUGUUUCUAUCUAGUGAAAGAACGUGACCAUAUUUGGACAAAAGGGGGUGGAGCCAAACAGUAGAACACUAUAUCAUCAGCAAAUGUUGGAGUUUUCUUUGUCUUUGAAUCCAGUUGUUGGUUAUUGGUGUUACUUUUUUGUAAAUUUAAACGUGGGUGUUUUUAUUAAAUAAUAUUUAUCAAAACCUUCCACUUCCAUUAAACUCUGUCUUGUUCAUCAUUCUGCAAACAGAACAGGGCAGAUAAAACCUGCUCUCACAUGGUAAGAUGGAUCACAGACAACUUGAGCAAGAGCAAACAAGAAGCUAAACGAAUCUGUAGCUGAAAAGUUUUUACUGUAACCUACAGAAAAACAUUUUGAUAGUUUUGAAACUGAAACAAAUAAAGAUAAUUAAAGACACUGACGCAAGAGAAGAUACCGAUAAUGAGAGAGCAGGUCUUUACUGGACAAAAUAUAAUGGAGAUAUCGUGUUUUUGGGGGAUUUGUGCAAAAUUCAACAAAUAAUAAUUCAUCAAAUUAAAGGUGAAAACUUUUACUUUGCCAUAAGGAACUCCUGAAUUCCUGCCCAGCUACCUAAAUCAGAAAGAAAGAAGAAGGUAGGAGGUAAAUAUUGGGGUUAAGACACAUUUAUCUUUGUUUGUAAUUUGAUUUUUAAUGAAAUAUAACCUGUCUUAUCGUCUAUAUGACCUUAAAAUGGUCCAAAAUGAACAAACUUAACUUCACUUUUUUGUUGGAAGAUUUAAAACCAACAAUUUAGACCUUUAGCUUCUUUAUGAACUGUUAGCUAAGGUUAUAAAUCAAGUGUCAUCGAUCUGACAGAACCCGACUCCAUCUCUGUGGCCGCCCCUUUAGUGGUCAUUAGUACUGAUGCAGGUUCAGGGCUUGGAGGCAAACUCCGGUUCUCAUAAACAGCCGAGGGGUAAAACUGAAUAUUACAAACAGGUUCAGUCUAAUUGAUCUGUAUUUCAAUCCUGUUAGACUGUCUUCAUUUUGAAGUAAAGUAUAAGGAUAUAUGCAAAGAGGAAAUUCCUUUAAAUAUAAAUCUUUUCGGUGUUUUUGCCCCUGCAGAUCUGCACCGCAGCCAUGACUUGUGUACUGCGUCUCUGUCUUUUUUCUCUUUAAAGCUUUUGUUCUCCUCCGUCUGCAGCCGCACUUUCUCCUACAGGUGUAACCCACAGCUGGAAGCAACAAGUUUAACUACACUUUUUGUCUCGCUGUGGCAAUCCGGAGAAACAUAACAAAUCACCAACAGAGGCAAAAAAGGCGAAGGAUGGCUGAGCUUUGCUGGCAAAAAUAAAUUAAAACAAUUUAUCACAGAAUAACUCCAGAGAUGCUGUGACUGUUACCAAAAAUACACCGCAGCUAUCCGCCUCUUCUCGCAGGCAGACAGGCGAGUGCAUGGGGGGAUUUGUAGUAGAGUGAGUGGCAAAUCACCAGCCCCAAAAAUCCAGCCGCUCGCUAGUUUUAAUCAUUAAUGUGCGCUUUGGAACGAAUCCCGCUCGUGUCUUUUUUGCUUAAACAAAAGGAGAACGACAAAAAAAGCCAUUUGCAGAUUAGUGGAGGGAUUAACAGUAAUAUGGUUUAUCCCACAUGUGGUAUGUAAGCUGACAUCCCCUCUUACACAAAGACAUGCCUGGACAUCACAUUAUAAGCAGGAUUUGUUCCUCCCCUCCUCCUCUGGGCCCGUGUAUUGUAGUCAUUAAGCAAUAACAAAGGUAGACAGAGAUAUAACGGGGAUACGUGUUCGCGACAUCACCUGUUUCUGUUUUCUUUGGCUGAAUUUAGGCUUCUGAAAAAUUAAAAAAAGUCUCAUCUUUUAUAACCUGAAACACGCACACACACUGUGAGAUGUGUAAAUAAUGGCAGAGACAACUCUGGAGGUGUUCUCUGAUGAUUUUACAGCAAACGUAGGCGUGAAAAACAGGAAGAAAACACUUUCUUUCACAAGGUGGGAAUACUCCUCUGAAUGAAGCGCAGGCUUUAGAGUCAGAAAUAAUCUAAAUAAUUUUCUUUUUAUGACUUCAGGAUUAAUUUCUGAGUGAAAAUGUGUUGAUUUGAUGAUCUGAAAGGUUUCAGGGUUGUAUUUUUGUUAAAACAGCAUUUUUUUGAGUGUACGUGUUUCAAAGUUACAGGUUAGCUCACCUCUAAAGCAUUACUAGAAGCUUCAAAUGAAUGUUUUUGUCAUGAUACUGUUAGGGCUGGGCGAUAAACCAAAGAUUAACCAAUAAUGAAAUUUACGACGAUAGCCGAUGCCAUUUUGCCCAUAUCGGUAUAUUUGGUGUCAAAAAAAUAAAUAGAUAAAAGUUGGUUUUGGAUGUGUGUAGGUAGGCUAUGGUCUCAUGUCCCUUUAAGACGCUGUCCUAUAUCAGAGACGUGACUCCACCCCAUCCAGUUUGUAACAAAGAGGGAAAGACAGGUGAGGAGAUGGAGGACGGUUCAAAAGUUGAUGUAGGAGGGGGUGAGCAGCUUGUGGAGCAGUUAUCGUCCGUUUAUCGUUAUCGAGGUGAACUGAUCAAUAUAUAUUGUGUUAUUGAUUUGAGGCUGUAUCGCCCAGCUCUAGGUACUGUAACAUAAUCAAACAGUAGGUUAAUUCUGAAGCAUUAGUUACUGCCUCAGAUCUGAGAAGACCUGAUUUCACUCCAGAUUUAUGCUCUUUGUUUGCUGAUAAAAUAAAAUGAUUAAGACUUAAGUGUAGAAAGUUUGCUGUCCAUCCCUUUUGUUCCCCUCUCUUAUUGGCUGUUUUUUAGUUGUUAAUCCAAAGUUUGAAUCAUGUCAAACAUCAUCAAAGCAGCGCUAAUGACUCUGCUAACUCAGAGAUUUCAGAUUGCAUCUUUUUAACCUUUAAGAACAAGAAAAUCAGAGUCCAACACCGAUAUUUACUGUGUCAGAGGGCCUUCUGAGCGGCAUAGGCCACCAUGAUCUGAGCCUGAGUGAUGCACGGGGCGCGUCAGCCUUCCCCUCUCCCCUCAUUGUUUGAUAUGCAGUGAAUCAUCUGUUCAGACUGCGAGAGAUGAAGUUCGUCAAAGCGGUUUAUUUAGGGUGAAAUUUAUUUCUUCAUCUCUGUUCUCCCACUCCUCUUCUAUCCGUCUGUCUGUCUCCCUCUCCCUUCCACCUGCUUCCUUCUUCAUGCUGCUUCAGAUUCAAACCUGUAAUAGCAGACAGGAUUUAAGACCCACUCUGAUGGGAGAUGGAGCGCACCUUUUGAAUAUGCUGCCAAUUACUGCUUCACUCAGUCUCUGUCCUGACUCCAAACUAGAGAUCUAACGCGUCGGAGCGGAGGAAUAAGCAACUGCGUGGCACUUGAAAGGCUGAACAUUAAGUGUCUUAAUUCCUAAGAGGAGAUAAAUGACGGUGAAUGCAUUUGGAGGCGAAUGCUACGCUAAGAGAAUUAAAGGAAUACUCAGUGUUUUUUCGGGGGGUGGAUUGGCCCUUUGGUCCACUUAGCAGUUAAAUCAUGGAAACACAGACACCAGAGUGUGCUCCUGGGUGGCCGCUGAGCUCAGUGCCGCCGCGCAUACUGAGCAAGAGCGCUGACCUUUCAGUAAUAAAAUGUUCUUAGUGGUUUAAUUAUCUGGCCUGUAGAUGCAUAAAUCUAAAAGAUGAAAUAUCAUUAAUUCAAUGCAGCUGAUGCAGACGGGCUUAUUUUUAGGGACGUUUCAGGUGAGAACAAUGAUCUUUAGAUUUAUGCACUCCAGCUCUGGAAACACUUCAUUAUUUUCACGUCACAUAGCGGGCCGGUUUCAGAAAGGUUGUACGUAAACUUGUCAGCUGAAAAUGUGACGAUAGAGACGCACAGUUUCUGCUCUUAUCAAAAUAAUUACACCGCUGUAUUCACGUUUGUUCACCUCAGAUUUGUCGACUGUUUCGCCCCAAAAACAUCAGUUUUAAAGCGUCAAUUUCAGCAUUCAAGGUUAUACCUCAGUUGCCCUUUUUUCCCGUCCACCCCACAGCCUUUAAAAACACAGAUUUCACAGGACGAGCCAACAAAUCCAUUUUGACGUAACUCACCAGUGUUUGACAUUUUAGCCGCUGCCAUCUUGGCUAUUUUUCGCUGCUUUUAAAGCACACUCUUGACCCGCAGCUGGAGGGUCGCUCAUGUCACGGGGUCCUCUCAUGCUGAAAAAAAAAAAAAAGCUUUUAGUUCGAGAAAGUCGAGAGCGAAAUGGACAAAUGAGGCGCUGAUGAUGCAGCUGAGUCGAAUGAAGAUAAGUGGUUGCACCUUUAAGCUUUGUGCUGCGACUCCCUGCAGGGUCAGGUGUCAGGACUUCUUCUUUUACAUUAAUUUAGAUCCUGAUAUAAUCCUACAGAUCUUUAAAAUAAGAUGAUUUUCUUGUUUUUUUAAUGUCAUGAGCCGGAGUUAAACAAAAAGAGAAAUUACCCAAAAUGCAGAAAAAAAGGACUUAUCUAAAAAGGAACAAAAACUUACUUCAAAAAUGUCUAACCACAUCGACAUACAAUAAACCAACAAAGACAGAGGGUAAGACAGGGACUAUAUACACAGUGAGAAACGAGACGAAGGAGGGAAAACUAGAGAAGUAAAACCAGACUAGAAACACAAGGAAUCAACUCCUACAAAAUAAAACAGGAAAUAGACACUGAAAACUGAUCUAAAGAAUAAAACACUGAGAAAUGGAGGGAAACAGGGACGAACACAAACUGGAAACUCACAAGACUGGACUAGAGGAGAACAGGAACACAAAACACACUCAAAUAAAACCAGGAGAAGAAAACUAGGUAACCCUUUCUUUUACGGUACACUUAUUACCAGGUAAUUAACAGGUAAUUAACUAGUAACAACAUGAAAUUAUCUGGUAAUUACAUGAUAACUACUAAGUCAAUACUGUCUAGCUACCAGGUAGGUAACCUUCCAUCAUCAUACAGAUUUGAAGCCGAAUUGCUCUGGUAUUUCCAGGAUUUUCUCCACUUCCUGGAACCACCUCUUGCGCAGUAGCAUUGUACGCAUUCGGCGGGUGAGUCGCUGUGAUAACGCUCGGCUCAAACAGCGUAUCGCUACGCAAUCUUUGCACGCCCAUAGGCUGUAUCAAGUGUCAAUCAUAGACAACAAGAACCCCAAAUAGCUUUUGAAAAUGGAGCUGCACAGAAAACAGAACAAAAGAAAAACAAGACAGUAUUGACUUAGUAGUUAUCAUGUAAUUACCAGAUAAUUUCCUAUUGUUACUAGGUAAUUACCUGUUAAUUACAGGUAAUGAGUGUACAAAGAAAGCGUUACCGAAAACUGAAUAAACAGAACAUAUUAUGAAACGAAAUCUCAUUUUCAUUUACAGCACCACCUCUUAUUCCUCAAAUAUGAACCUUAGUAUCAAACCUUGAGGGCUGUUGGUUUUUAUUCUGUUUUACUGAGUUUUAUUUGGUCUUAUUUGAUUAUUUGAUUCAUUUUAACCUCUUAACCCCGAGCACUCUUGUCACUUUAUAUGUAUGUACUUUGCUGUUUGUUCGCCUACUAACUUACAUGUGAUUCACUGCAAACAAAAUUUACCUGAGGGUACAAAUAAAGUAAGCUUUGACCUUUUGACCUUUGAAAUUUGACGAUGAAAAACAACAUUUAUACACUUUAUACAAAUAUUUUAAAAAGCGAUUUGCGACGUUUUACAUUUUAGGAAGAGUUUUCGAACAUAUUAAAAAGAUUAUAGUUCAACCAAGAGCUUUAAAUUUCAGUUAUUUGUCGCACAACCUUUAUUAGAAAAUAGGGAUGCAUGUUUAUAAUACAGAAGUUAUGAUUUGCAAUGGAAUCAAAAUGAAAUAAUUAAAUUUAUUUUAUUGAUUAUGGUGCAAAGUCAGUAUAUUAGAUCUUCUGUGUCAUUGUGGAGCAGACUGCAUCAGCAGGACUCUUCUACUCCUGAGCCUUGCUGUUGUAAUCCCUGCAGGAUGUGGUUUGGCUAAAGGUCUUCUUCACUGCAGCAUAUGUUGCUCCAAUCAAUGACAAAGCGACCAUGACUGUGCACUUUUUUUGUUUGUUUUAAUAUCCAAAUUCAACGACCUACAAAUCUCCUCUUUUUUUCCACACUCUCCAGGCCUGAUAAAGACCGCCCUCCCCGGCAUGGACCGAGAAGUCAAAGAGAACUACCAGGUCGUGAUCCAGGCCAAAGACAUGGCCGGACAGAUGGGCGGGCUCUCGGGAACCACCACGGUCAGCAUCGCCCUCUCUGAUGUCAACGACAACCCGCCACGCUUCACCAAGAGUGAGUACAGCAGCCUCGCCCCACACCCACACGGAGAGGGAGUGACCGCUAUCACCGGGACCACUUGUCAGCGUUAGGCUGUGCCAAGCAGGCGGGCGGGCAGGCAGGCAGGCAGAGGCAGGCAGCCCCCAUCUGGUGUCAGUUUCAAAAUGAAUCUGGAUUAUUGCAGGGAGCUCUGGGUUUUUGUGCGGCUGAGGCGGGCCUCUUAAAGGCAGGGAAUAAUUAAAUAUAGAGCCAUAUGACAGAGCGAAGGGUCCGGCAAAGUGCAUCAGAUCAGCGCUGUAAUCCCUAUUAAAUGAAGAGAGUACAUUCACUGGGCUUUAUCUCCCCUACUCUUCCCCGCUCUUUGUCUAUUAAGUCUUUCUUCUGCCGCCUUUUACUCCAUAAAACCAAUGUUCUCAAUUUAGAGCUCCCACUGCCCUCGCUGCACUUUUUUGCCCCCCUCCCCUCCCUCGCUCAUCAAUCAUCAAUCCUUCCCUUUACUCUCCCUUUCAGUCUCACACAUUGUCUCCCUGUCUUCCCUCACCCGUCUCACUUCCCCUCGUGCAUCUGGCAGACGGCGACGGCAGCCAGAUCAGAUUGACGGAUUACUGGUGUCGCUGUGUUUCCCCACAGUUACAGCCGCCGUACAGUGCGCACGCCACACACACACGCCACCGCAAAACCCCCCCUCCCCUCCUCUCCUCGCCGCCCCACUUCUGCAUUUAUCACUCCCACCAGCUUGAAGUGGGAGGGGGAGAAGAGUGUCAUCUCGGCCUCAACCUCUCGCCCAAUGAAUGAGCAGCGAGGGGUGGACGCGGGGAGAUGGAUACGAGCAGGAUGCGGGAGGUGACAGGAGGAGGGGGAGAUAGAGGAAGAAAGGGAAGAGUGAUGCAGGCGACAGAAAGACAGGCUGUGAUGGAGGGAGGAGGGGGAGACAAACAGGCGAGAGGGGGAAGAUUGAACGGGGGAGAAAGAGGAAGAGAUAUUGUAAUGGGACACCCAGAGGAGGGAGAGUGUCAGGAAGCGAUAUCAUUGUUGUCUUCUCGGGUGAUGCCUCUUCUUUUCCACCCAUGCUAAAUACCUGUUAGCUUAGGGAAGCCUCCUCAUGCUGCAUUUUCCACGUGUGUGUGUAUCUGUGUGUGUCUCUGUGUGUGUGUGUGUGUGUGUGUGUGUGUUUGUGUGUGGAGGCAAGUGUCAGCGUCACUGAGACCUGCCGACUCAGGCGUUGCCAAAACACUGUCAGCAUGUUUUAUUAGUGUGUCAGUGCUGUUUGUCUCCGCAGGCUGUGUGUAUAUCACGCCCGCUCCCUCCCGCAGUCCGGCUAUUUAUUUAAGCAUACGAGAUGCAGCUGGGGCCACCACCGCCGCCGCUGCCGCCGCCGCCACCGCCGACAGGCAGCCAUCAAUUCAUCCCUCUCAAACCAGGAAAUCAUCUCACGGAAUAUAAAAAAAAAAGAAACUGAAGGAAGAAGGGGAAGCAAUUAAUUUAUGUUGCGCAAAUUGGCCCAGAAUUUAUGUUACGUCCUAAAGUUUGAAGUCGAUGGCGCUCGCAGCGACUUGUGCUAAAGGCCAAACGUCUGUUUUGGAAAUGAAAUAUGUCUGGUAUGAAAUGUGCUGCUCCACAGCUGAUCUACAAAUGUUGCAGCACUAAAUCUCCCACUCGCCUUCCUCUCCUCCUUCUCUCCUGACUCUCCGAUUGGCCGUGACUCACUCACCCCUCUUCCGCUCGUUUCUUUUUUUCACUAACAGGGUCGUGAAAAAUAGCCAGGUCGUGACGUUCCUCGGGUGUCAGAGGUGGCGUUUUGUUUCUGUCCGGGUCCGUGUGUUUCAGAAUUAGUCUCGAGUCGUCUGAAGGCUGUAAUUGUUCUGGACGCGGCUUUCAUUUGGAGGGAAAACCAUCAAAGAGGCAUUGAUUCACCUCUUAAAUGAGUUGCAUCUCGCUGUGAGAAGCUGGACCCGGACUUGAAAAGAAAUGCCAAGGAUGUGACCUCUGUUGUCACGGCCCCCCUCACAGUCCUCUGACUCACUCGCUCCUCUGACUCCGUUCUUUCUCCCUCUCCACAUCUCCACUCUGUCGCUCUGAUUGACUUACUCUUCUUUCCAACCGGUUCACAAAAGAUCAAUUUUCUCUCCGCAGCGCUCUACGAGUUCAGAGUGCCCGAGUCCAUGGAGCUGGGGUCGGUGGUGGGAGUGAUCCGGGCCAUGGACGCCGACAUCGGGGAGAACGCGGAGAUGGACUACAGGAUCACCCGGAGCGACGGGCCCGGCAUGUUCGACGUCGGCACCAACAGGAGCACGCAGGAGGGCGUCAUCGUCCUGAGGAAGGUCAGGGAGUCUCUGCGGGCUAAAGGAGGGGAAGGGGGACAGGUUUUUGAAGUACUAAAACCCUUAUGAUGAUGUCUGAGACUGUAUUAUAACCAGAGACAGUAUCAAACAUGGACGCAGUCUUAACACUUAGAUCUCUACGGGAUGAAAAGCGUUCAAAAGUUUACCUUUUUGGCGAUCUAUCGAGGGUUUCCGGUCAUUUCUACACCUGCCACAAGGUUUACAAUCCAGCCACAAAAAUAGGUGUUCGAUCAGAGACGUUUGAUAUAAGAGGCAACCAAAGAUCAACAAGCGACCAGAAAGUUCCCUGUUUGUCUGCAAAAUAAAAAUUAAUGUUCCUCAAUGUUUGGAAACAAGCAAAGAAGAGAUUAUGAGCGGACCAAAAAUAGCAAAAUAUAUCUGGGAGUUCUAAGGGUUAAUGUUUCACAUGUCGCUACCUGAUCUGUCCCAGAAACCCGAUUUGUACUGCACAUGUGCAAAACAUGUCACUUCCUCUACUAGCCAUUUUUGUGACAGCUCAGCAAUUCUUCACCCCUCGCGGAUGGCGUCAGCUUCGACACUUGUUCAACAGCUUCAGCAUCGGUUAGCUGACUUCAGUCAGAAUGGAGGCUUCAGUUUAGUACUUCCUCCGACUGAAGCAGAGCGCCAGAAAGUCAAGAGAAUGGCGCUCAGUCUUACGAUUAAAGAUUCCUACUCCUGCUAAAUUGUAAAAUUGCAACGUAGUUAUAAAAGGCUUGAAUGAAUGUGAGUAUUUCAUUGUUGAAAUUGAAAAGCUGUUUAAAAACGCUGAAACUCAUUGACCAUAAUGUGCAGGCUUCUUGUUAAUAAAUUGAAUCUAUGAAAUAAAUCCACCUUUGAAACUUUAAAAGGUCAGAGAACCAUGAAUCUGACCGGGUGGCAGCGCUCUCUGUGCUCUGGCGAAUGCCUCGGCAUUAGCCCUGGAGCCUCCUGCUAGCUAGCCUAGCUGGUUUCUGAAAUCGAUCGUUAGUUUAAAUAAAGUUUUGAAGGUGAAGUAAAUUUGCACCUGCGCAGUACGGAUUGGGUAGGUAGCUAUAGGAACGACUUACUGCCUUAAAUUGCAUUGAAAUACGUAGAGAGGAAGUGACGUAUGUUUCGCACAUGCGCAGUACAAAUUGGGUUUACGGGAAGGAUCAGGUAGCGACAGAGCCCAAAGAUGGUGGUUGCCAUAUUGGAAAUGGCGACUCAACUUCUCUUUGAAUCACUUUCAGAUCAGCUAUGCUGGUCACAAUAUUUUUCUUUGUAGGAUGGUAGGGAUAAGUCCCGCCUCCUUCACGUCUGAUUGGCUAGAAAAGCUGGAAACGUCAUCACACGCUUAAGCCAAACGCGGGCUGUCGGCUCUGUACAUCAAACAGAACACUUUGCACUUCUGAAUCUCCUAACUCCAACCCUAACCCAACAGACGAUGACGUUUCACAGCCAUUAGGAAUAACCAAUCGGAGCCUGGCACUUUUAGCCAAUCAGAGGCGAAGGAGGAUGAGACCUUCCCCAUCCUACAAAAAAAAUGCAUGCUGGUCAGCUUCUUGUGGUCCUGCUAAUGCAAAUUUCUGCAUCACUCCAGAUGCCAGAAAAGUCAUCAAUCAUGUCCUUGCGAACACCUAAACACAAAUAUCUUUAGCUUUGACUUCAUAUAUAAAUACAGACUCAGUAUUUGGCAUUUAAAAAGCAGCCGUCUUGGCUUUGAACAUAAUAAAGUUAGCCAGCAGGAUUAUAGAAAAACUUCAAAGUCUGUUUUUAUGAAACUUGGGAAAAAGGUGAAGCGCAAACCAAAGAAGAGCUCUGCUAAUGUUGGACUUGGUCGGCCUCAUGGAAGAGUCAUAAUAUUGACUGAAAGUUAUUGUUACAGCUGUAGGAACAGGUCUGAAAACGCACACACGCACACAUAUAUGUACACCAUGAUUGUGCGAGCAGAUUUUGCAUAUCACGAAGGGGCGAGGAGGUCCCUCACCAACAAACCAACCCUCCGGUGAGCGUCAGUAAUCUCAUUCUGAGGUUAAACAAAGCAGGGAACUGCAGAAUAAACUCAAUAAAGAGAAAAAAAGAUCAAAACUUUUUCAUCUCCAUGCGCUCUGACAGACAGACGGACAGACGGACAGACGGACAGCAGAGUUAUUAGAUUUCAACCUUCACUUGCCCACACCGGCGGUACAUGUGUUUUUGAGCGAGCUCCAUUCUUCCCUUCGGCUGAGACCAAAGCAGAAAUAUUGAUGCUCGGUAUGGAUCGCAGCAUUCAGGGGUGUGCUGCGGUGUGUUUCUGAUGUAUUCAACAGAAUCUGCCAGUUGCCUUAUCAAGCGGCCUCUCUGCAGCCUCCGAUCGAUCGCUUCCAUCAUGCCAUCAUUAAGUGGAAGAUGACAUAAUUGCCUUUUGUAGCCGCGGCGGGGCUGUAGUGGAUGUGGUGUGCGGGCAGAGUGAGUGUGGGGAGCGAGCGUGCCCUAAUUCUGAACCCUCUAAUUAAAUGGGCUUGUCAAGUGGGAGUGCCUCCCUUUUUCAGCUCGUACCGCUCCUUCAAAGCAACACAUCCCCCCCUUUUCCCUUAACAAGAAACAGCGAAAAUCACUGACUCAUAUUGUGUUAUUAUUCAUGGCUUCAGAAAAACGGCUUGUUCCAUGUGGAUUUUUCGAGCUUUCAUUGGCUGUUUCCGACGAUCACGGACCUCGGCAUCCUUUCAUAUGUACAGUAGGCAGCCUCGCUCUGAUCCAGCUGCUCCUGCUCUGCGCCCGCUGCACAUUCAUUAAAACCCAGAGCUCUCCAAUUAUUUCCAUCAAUAGGUGGAUACCUUCUGCGGCUACAACUUCAAAAAAAAAGUUCAGAAAAAGGAACAUAAAAGUGAGAACAUACCGCCGACUUGCACCGGAAUGCACAGCGGCGGCGAACCUGCAGAAAUCAGGCUGCUAAUCAUUGUGCACGGAACAUAAAUUAUAGCGCGGAAGAACGGAGUAUACGAGAGGCGGGAUUGUGCGUGAGGGAAAUAACAAAUUGCCGCCUUUUAGGGGAACAAAUAGCCCGAAAUAAAAACAUGUUAAGCACAUGAUGGGCCGGCAUAAAUAAGCAUUAUAUUACCGCGGAUCAAUGGAGGUAACAAGCAGAAAAAUAAACAGCGCAGUUUCCCGCAUUUCUGCUGAGUAGAUUUUCUUUUAAUGCAAUAUUUCUGUAAGUUAUUCAGUUUUCAAUUGAAGAUAAAACCAAAGUUGUAAAUGUAGAAGCAGCGUUGUGUCCUUCAGCGCAGAAUCAGGCCAGAUUCAUCAAAUUCUCUCUCUGUUCGAGUUCUUCAUAUCAACCUUUAGAAAAGACUCAAACGUAGAAAUCUGUACGUCCUUGAUGCUCCCUAACAGGUUUAAUAGUAAAAGUAUUUCUGCGCAUUAAGUAGUAUUUUCCGCUCUGGAGUCUCCAAAUUCAAACUACAGCGUCUCUCUCUGCUGAUGUUCUGAUUUUAAGAGGGAAAUAAUGAAGGAAAAUGAACAGAUGUCACCCAGCAAACAUCCAGAGACGACUUUGAUUGAUGCUUUCGCAGAGAGUGGCGGCGGCGGCGGCGAGGGGGGGAUCAAGUUAGAAACAUUCAAGAAGUUGGCGUUUCUUUGUCUUUCUGCUGGAAGAAACAGACAUGAAGAGAAGUGGAGAAGAAAACGUGUGCUGUGUGUGUCGGUAUUUAAGCAGACGCUAAAUAAAUAAAUGCAGAUAUAUGAGUUUUUUUCUUUCUAUCAGGCUCAGUCACAGGUUACUUUAAUCCUUGGAGCUCCUGCAGAGUUGCAUAACAUGAGCCGUUUUUGCAUUUUUACUUAUAGUUAUGUCAUCUCUACAACCAACUGAAAAAAAAGUUUUAUUGAUGAAUGUUUGGAGGGUAAAACUUGACGAACAGAGGAUGCAGAAGAGGAGCUUCUUGUCCUUGGAGGCCACCGUCUCUUCACUGAUGGGAGGGGUGGGCAAGGGAGCAUCUCAGUCUAGGGGCUUCCACCAAACGAUUUUCACAGUCCCAGACUAAAAACUGAAAGUCUUAAGUAAAUCUUAAAGUUUUAUUGGAGUCACAGCGCGCUCCUGUCAUCGCCGUCGUUAAGUUUAAGACGGUAAACUCUGUUUUAUAUCAGUCUUUUCCUAGUCUUGGGUUUGCCGUGACGUAACACAACCAACAACCAAUAGAUAAGCUCUGACAAAAGGUGGAAAAGGAAACCUGACAGUCAAACAAGAAGAAUAAGAAGGUAUGAAGAAUUACUGCCGAUAAAAAAGGAGCAGAUAGUGGAGGUGUGGGCAGAUCAGCCUUGUCUAUUCACCAUCAACCGGAGGGUUUCCCCUACAUGUAAUGGCGCACUGCCGUGGCGAAAUAAAGGUGCCACAUCUCAACAAUAACGUUUUUUUUUUGCACACAGGCUGCACUGAGGCGCAUGUGCUGAGUAUUAGCAUUAGUGAGUUAGGUGUCUUUUCCAAAUCCUCCAAAAGUCCUCAGGUGGACAGCUGGCCUAAGUCUUCGCAUUUCUUCCAACUGCAAACCAAUAAGGAAAAACUGAGGCCCACUUGAGGCUCCAAAAGCUAAAAAACACUGUGGGCUUAUGCAUUAAAAAGUAAAGAAGGGUCUGGCUGCAGACCUCAACUGAGAGGACUCGGGGUGACAUUACAAAACAUACAUUCAUACAAAACAAAAAUACGUACUUCCCGGUGUAAUAAAUUUUAAUUUGAAAGACUUUGAAUGAACUUCAGAUGUAUAAAAAGAAACGUACUUCCUGGUAUAUUAGCUUUUAUUUUGAAAGGCUUCAAACAACUUCCGGGCCUCUAAUUGGAGGUCUGCAGCGAGAAUGUCUUUAAAAAGUCACUUUUAUAAUCCUGUUACAAGAACAGUUCAACUCCAUUCAGCUCAUUUCUGUAUUUAAAACUUAAACUUUUUCUUGAUGUUAAUUUAAAAAGUUCUGCAUAAACAGCAAAUUAGAAGAGCUGAUUUACAGCUACUUACCGGGAAACUUGAGGCCUACUCUGACAGUUUUCUUGGCUCUGCAUUCCCAAUAUCAACAUCAUUCUGGCUUCAUUCUGGUGGUUUUGACCAUAUUUAUGCAGCGAGUGCUCUUAACGCUCCUGAGGACGCCAAAAGAAAGUCUCAUUUCUAAACAGAGCCGUUCAGAGAAAGGUUUUCUGGCUCUGCGGCUGUAAAAACCACAGAUACAAAUAAAGAUGGCGAUGAUGCCGGGAUGUCAAAGGUUCAUCAUGUGUGAGCGUGUCCAUGGCGUCCUUGAAGGAGACGCCGAGCCCCUUCACACGUGCUCAUUAGUUGAUGCUCUGAAAAACAUUGUCAGUUUAAUGAAUAAAAUCCCAAUCUGGCCUGGAAUUAAAUGUGGCAGGAUGCUCUGAAUGGAUAUUAGUAUCCCCAAAGUCAACAGCAGAACGUGGCGCCGCAUACAGAUGAACGCUUUAAAGUAAGCAUUAAGGGACGAGAGCUGUGAUUACCGCAGAAAAACAACAAGUCACCCAGGAAUUUUCUUUUCAAGCAUGAAAACAAAGAGUGAAGUUUUACAACGCCGCUCACCUGUUCUCCUUUGUGUGUUUUUUUUAGCCGCUGGACUUUGAGAGGAAGCGUCAGUACAGCCUGAGCAUCCAGGUGGAGAACGUCCACAUCAACCCUCGCUUCUUCUCCGUGGGCCCGUUCAAGGACGAGGCCACCAUCAAGAUCGUCGUGGAGGACGUGGACGAGCCGCCGGUGUUCGAACGAGCCAGCUACGUCAUGGAGGUGAAGGAGGACGCGGCGAGGAACACCAUUGUCGGAUCGGUCAGCGCGUUGGACCCUGACGAUAAAAACAGUCUCGUAAGGUAAAGCUCGAACUCUUGUUAGCAAACUUUAGAGUGAAAAGGUCGUUUUAUGGUUUCUGCAACAUUUCCGUCAGUUUGAGUGUGAAAAGUUGAGCCAAAGUUCUCAAUAACAGAGUCAGACAAAGCUAAUGAGCAGACCUCCACUUUAAAUGUUUAAUUGGUUUUAAUUAAAUCCACUUCAUUUAUUUAUAACACGAUUAUUAAGCAAUAGUCUGGCUGAACUGCAAACUCAUUUGAACUUUAAUUUCCUGAUCAGUUUAGUUCAUUUUAAACUUUGUUCCAGACGCAAAGUUGAAAAAACUGAAAUUAGGACAUAACAAAAAGUAAAUACUCACCCUGGAAUGAUUGAAAAUUCACACUUUAUUAAAAAAAAAUGUUUAAAUGAAAUGUGUGCAGUUUGUAGUGAGGAGGUGAGAGCAUGCAGCUCUCUUUAGUUUGAUGGGUUUUUGGUAUAAAUGUCAUAAAAUUCAGGAAUAAGAUGCACUUUUAUCUUUUUUAUCGUCUAAAGUGUGAACUGUGUAAUACACGCUGGUGCCAUUUAUACUUAUACAUUAAUGAAAUACAGAAAAGUGUCUUUUUUACUCAGAAAAUGGUGCUCAAAAUUCAUCCACCGUGGUGCACCUUUGUGUGGCUCAACCCUGUAAAAAGUGUUUGUUUCAAUUUAAGACCAUGAGUGACCAGCAGAGGGCGGUAGCAUGAGAAACAGAACAGAUUAGGUCUGUUUGCACGGACAGACCUUAGACUUAGGGUGUCCCAGUACAACGUUUCUGAUAGGAUAUCGAUAUUGUAGCCUUCAGUAUCGUCCGAUACCGAUAUUGAUCUGAUAUUGGCACAAACUUGUGCAUCACGUUUUGCAAGUUUUGCACUCAACUGCAAUGUCUUUUCGGACUUUAACGAAAAAUACUGUCACAUGUCGCCGACAUCACUCCUACCCCUUGCGGCAUUGUUUGUAUCUUAGUACACACUGUUGUUGUGAUCACGUGGGCUAUGCAUGCUAGCUAGAGGUGCUGGAGCGGAGUCUGGAAUGGACUGCUUGUAUCAGAGUGCUGAUAUCGGAGAUUUUAGAUGCAGGCUGAUAUAAUGCGAUAUUAGAUUUUUGGCUGAUAUUGGGCCAAUAUUCGAUAUCAAUAUUGUAUCGGGACAGCCCUGUCUUAGACUGAGCUGAGGUCCUGUACAGGUAAACAGAAGAGCUCCACGGUUGCAUGGAAACAACACGUUGCUGAACCUGUUGACCGUCUUCAUGCAGGAGCACAAAUAUAGACCACAUCUCAUCAACUGGAGCAACUCAUUUAAGGUGCAUGUUCAUAAAUACUUGGAAAUAGAAAGGUUGAUAUUAUAGUAAAGGUGAGUAAUAAUGUAAAACUAGAGAUUAAAAUGAAAGGUUACUGACUGGUUCAAGCAGACCCUCAAUGUCAAUCCUUUCUUUUUCAUUUGAAGUUGUAUUUUUCAUAAUACAGUUGUGACAUUUUUCAGUGAAGAACACUUUUAAAGCUCUCUUAUUUUCACAUUCGAGCGCCGCGGUCGCUGAAUAGAUUCAUCGUGACAUAAAAACUCCAGGGAGAAUCGCCGUCCUUUGAUUCCAGUCACAAAAACACGGACGCAGCAAUACGAGUGGAGUGACACAUCCUCCCGUGCGGCUCAAUAAAUUCUUCUUAACGGUGAAACGUGACUCAAGUUCACUCUAGUUCAUGAAGAUAUGAAAUUAUGCACGUAUUCUAUUAAAUGGAGGUAAUGGCAGCAGGGUGUGAGGCUGCUUCUUCCGCUCUGUCUCAAAGACUUUUUCAUUUUUAUGAUGCACUAAGGGAGUUGGCUCUCAAGGUUGAAGUUCCACCACUUUAUUGCAGGUGUCAAAUAUGAUAUCAUUCUCUUUUAUCGCCCAUCAUCAAGGAGGUAGCUACCCCGUGGCAUUUAAAGCUGCGCGGUGCAGCAGCAGGAGGAGGAGGAGGAGGAGAAGCCUGGGGGCUGGCUGGCAUGAGAGAGUCACUGAGACGGUUAUCUUUAUUAGCUCACACUGCUCUGCACAAACCGGAGAGGACACGAGCGCAUUUAGGCACGAGGAUGUCCACAAAUCCAUCAGUAAACAAGGCUGUGUGUGUAAAUGAACAUACAGCAUCGGCUGGCGUGUUACAUACGGAUCAUAAACGCCAGGCGUCAAUGUCACGGCUAACUCAUUAGUGGCGUCCGCGUCUUUAAGACUUUACAAACAUUAAAGGUGCAAUAAAGAGUAUUUUUACAUGAGCCUGACAGCCGUCCCGCAGUCUUCCCGCCGUACUGUCCCUCCAUCUUUGAAAGCUGCCAACUCUUAAAAGAGUUUUAUUAGCCCGAGUUUUAAUGAAGCGUUUUAGUGCUGCGAUAUUCAAGUACUGUUUCCAGUCACACCAAGGACAGCCUCGGGAAAAACACAAGAAAACUUUUUAUACAGUGACAGUAAAAAAAGUUAGACGUCAGAUAUGGAUGUAAGAGGUUCUCUUCGGUUGAGUUUGGAAAUCCAUGAAUGUUUGUUUGUUUUUUUCAUCAUUUGCGUCACGGGUUUGUUUUCCACCCCUUUGUGCAGAGAGUGCGGCGGUUACAGCUCCAAUUCUGCGUCUUUUCCCACCAGUUUCCAUCCGACCAUUACAGACAUCCAGACCAUUAACUUAACAUGUAUUUUGCAGCUGACUCAAAAAUGCGCCACAAAAAAGUGUUUAUUUAAAACUCAGUCGCUUUUAACUCUUAAUUUCUUUGGAGCCCUUCAUUAAGAGUAAUAUUCAAGGCUGAAGUAGAGUCUUUAUGCAUCUUUUUUCGUCAAGCUAACAGUUUUAUCCAAAAUUGAACAUAUUUGGUGGAGCUGUAGAAGAACACGGGUUUGUGGCAGCAAAGAUGUCAACUGAUAGCUUGGCUUGUAAGGGUGAUAUAUUUAGAAACUCUGGGUCGGAGGGGAGGUCCUUCCUCAAGUGGAGGAGUUCAAGUAUCUCAGGAUCUUGCUCACAAGUGAGGGUAGGAUGGAGCGGGAGAUCGACAGGAGGAUUGGAGCGGCGUCAACAGUGAUGCGGACGCUUAACCGAUCUGUCGUGGUGAAGAAAGAUUUACCGGUCGAUCUACGUCCCGAUCCUCACCUAUGGCCAUGAACUUUGGGUAAUGACCGAAAGAACAAGAUCGCGGAUACAAGCGGCUGAAAUGGGUUUCCUCCGCAGGGUGGCUGGGCUCAGCCUUAGAGAUAGGGUAAGGAGCUCGGACACUCAGGAGGCGCUCAGAGUAGAACAGCUGCUCCUCCACGUCAAGAGGAGUCAGCUGAGGUGGCUCAGGUAUCUGGUUAGGACGCCUUCUGGACGCCUCCCGUUAGAGGUGUUCCAGACAUGUCCCACCAGGAGGAGACCUCGUGGCCGGCCCAGGACCAGGUGGAGGGAUUACAUCUCUCGCCUGGCCUGGGAGCGCCUUGGAAUUCCCACAGGAGGAGCUGGUGGAAGUGGCCGGGUUGAGGGCCGUCUGGGCUUCCCUCCUGAAGCUGCAACCCGGCCCCAGAUUAGCGAAAGAAAACGAUGACGAGUAAAUGCUGCUAUCAGUCAAUUAUUUUGAUCAUAAUUUGAUUUAAUUGUGGAUUUUUUUUAGGGGGUGGGGGGGCUUUUAAGCCUGAUAGAACAGCUAAAGAGAACCAGAGUGAUAAAUAGUGUGCACCAAAUGGGUCCGGGACUUAAGGUCCUGGACGCAGCAUCACUUUGUGCCCCUGAAAUGCUGGUCGUAUGUUGUCCCCGUGCUGUAGCCGCAUAUUAACAAGCCCAGGUGACAGAUGACAUGUCAUGUUUGGUGGUUUUUGACCUUAAGUUGCAUGAUCUCGACAAAAGCAACAGACAUGUAAAAGGACUAAAAGCUGGUGGUGCUAGCUCUGUCAGACAUUUGAGAGUAAAUGAAGGUCAAAGACACUCCUGCACUCGUUGCUUCUAUUAAUCCAAUAAUAGACCACUUACAACAUGUUGAUGAAGAUAAUUUGACAUAAUCAGGAGCCACAGCUCAGACGCUAAAUGUUGUUUAAGGACAAAGUGUCUGUCGCCUUGACCUGGUCCCGCUUUUCUCAAACUGGAGCUGCGCUGACUCUUGUUCUUGAAAAGUGUCACCUGAAAACGCAGAGGUGUGCCCGCAGUAUGUAUAGCUCCUGUAGGGAGGAAAGAGGAUAUCUGUCCCAACCCGCUGAUCACCAACAUUUCUGUAACCCUCCACGUCCUUCUGCCCGGCCUCCCGUCCUGCCAGCUGCCUGCCUGCUGAGUGCAGCACUUUCGAUGCCCGGUCAGGACGAGGCGCGCUGUUAUCUCUCUGCCAUUAAUCAGGGGAAGGGUUAGGCCCAGCCGGCUGAAUUAUUGGGAAUAUUAGAAAAGCAAUUAGUAAAGCCCACGACCGACGCGGAUUUAACGAGGUUAGAGUUACUGUCGGGGCCGGCGAGGUGUUGGGAGCGGAGAGGAGAGGGAAGGAAGAGACGGGGAGGGAGUGUUUAGAUAAAGACACUAAAAUGGUUGAUGCAGGAGCAGGGAGGGGCUGGAGGAGGAGGAGGAGGAUCAGCAGAGAGAGGUGCAGCGGUGCAUUGAGAGCCCAGGUUCAUAGUCUCCCCUCGGGGGUCUCCUCCUCUCUAACGCCAGGCCUCCUGAUGCCUGCUUCUCCAUUAAUCACACUGAUGUAUCACAGGAGUCCGGGAAGCAGAGAAAAACAACACGACUGGAUAACCUGUUGGCUCGUGUGUGCGGGUGUGCACAAGAGCACGUGUUUGUGUGUGUGUGUGUGCAGCAACGCAAUCACUUACAUAAAUCUGUCAACACCACAGGACAGACUAUUCAGCACCGUUAGCACCAGAGAUUGUGGUAUACAGCACAUGUUAGGGGGUCAGUAACCAGCAUCACGACUAAUAGACUUCGCUGUAGGGGUCAGGGGUCACGCAGGUAGAUCAGGUCUAACCUGCUCAGAUGUUUGAGUCGACUAUGACAACAUAAAAAUCUGGAUUAGAUCAAAAUAAAGAUCCAGUGAGGAGUUUUUUUAUUAAAUAGAAAUCAGGAUAAACAGAGAGAUGCCUGAGUGCUAGUUCAGGCAACGCAAAGCCCAAAUUUCCACCGCAUCCGGAACGGCAGCGAUUAUCGCCAUCUGCCAAUUCCUACCAGAUCGGUUUGUGAGGCGAAUUUCGAAAUUAUCAUAAAUGUUCUUCCUUGAGCUGCGACACCCCACUGUAGUCGGUGAUGAACUGGCCUGUAAGAGAGUAGGUGAGUUGUGUUUAGUCUCUUUGCUAAAGAAAUGAGUCAAAGUUAAAAAGAUGUUUGGUGUUUAGUACUAUGGCUGUGACCCUAUAUGUCCUGUUGAUGAAGUUAGGUGCUGUUCUGAGCAUUAUUUGUGGCUAUAGAGUGGCGUUUUGGUCGAGGUUUGUUUAUGGCUCCUCAGACCGCUGUGUAUUUCUAUCCUGCGGUCGUUACUAAAGUUGGUAUAACUAGAGAAUCAAGCGGUCGACAACAUUCAUCUCUCUAGGGGUGUCUAACUCGGUGUUGCGGCGUGUUUGACCUUAAAUUAUUUUCGCUUGAAUAUCCCUUUAACUUGAAUGGUUACGGUCAGCUGCGAUAGGCGUAUACGGCCUUUUCGUAGCUGUUCCGGAUGCGGUAAAAACUGAGGGUAAAGUCCUUAAUAUCAGUGCAGUUUUAAUUCUUUUACUAGUUUUAACUCUGCACUGGUUUAACUGUCUAAUAUUUUAUCGUCCUUUUUAAUGCAGUGGCUGUAAAGGCACUUUUUUAAUUUCCUUGUGCUAUCUAUCUAUCUAUCUAUCUAUCUAUCUAUCUAUCUAUCUAUCUAUCUAUCUAUCUAUCUAUCUAUCUAUCUAUCUAUCUAUCUGACUGGAUCUGUAAACUAACAACCUUGGGUUAGUACAGAUCUCUGAUGUAAUUUACUUAAAGGAAGUCUGUGAAAUCAUGUCUUAAAUCAAAAGCACAGAGGUGUGCAUGAACUCCAAAGUCUUAAUUUGUUCGAGGUGCUGUUUAUUAACUCCUGCAGCUUGUUUUUCUGGCAUUUGUGCAGGUAGAAGCAGCUUUUACAGGCUUCAACAAAGUCUGCUUUUCAUCAGCUCCGACCUGCUGCUUUGAUUGAUGCUAAAAUACAUGUUUUUCCUUUAAGCAACUUUGUGUUUGAAUGGAAAAGAAAUAAAUUAAUGCCAGAGAGCAGACUUGUCCAUCAUGCUCGGUCAGGCUUGUUUUGAGUACCUCCAGCAGAAUGUCACCUGUGAGUCUGACUGUUUUCACUCUGGUUCACACCUGACAAACUCGCUCAGAAGUGACUGUACCCUGCACCCCUCACCUGGGAAACUCAGCACACCUCCACAGCCCGUGUCUGUGUGUUUGCUCUGUGCAGGUACACCAUCGAUCGGCGCACAGACAUGGACAGAGUGUUCAACAUCCAUGCCGGGAACGGGUCAGUGUUCAUCCUCAGGGAGCUGGACAGAGAGGAGAACCCAUGGCACAACAUCUCGGUCAUCGCCACCGAGUUCAGUAAGUCCAGCAGCAUCGCACACACAAACAUCUCUGCUCCCUUAUUCUGACGGAGGAGUUCGAUUCGCCUGGAGGUGUUUGAGUUGGACUCCUGUAAGACAAACAAAUACCGUUAAUACCCAAAACAAGACCAUCUGCACAGAAAACUACAGACUGAUUCACUUUAAAUCCAGUUUUUUCUCCAUAAUUGACUGAAUUAUUAUGAGAACACACUUUGUCUGCUUGUUAACAUGAUAAAUUCAGCGUGCCAAUUCUGACUGCUCUGUUUCUAUGACUCAGACAAAUUAGUCCAGCUGUCCUUGUCAGUUCUCUCUCUGAUCUUUGCUCAUGAUUUGGUGUUAGUUUGUGUCGUUGUAGAAACAGGAGAGAUGAUCAAACCGUGUAAUUUAAAGAUGAAAUACAUGUCGAAAACCAGGUAAAAUAGCUUUAAAAGGUACGAUAAGGAGCUUAUUACUAGUUUCAGAGCGGAAAGAUGAAAUUUUAGUCAAAAAACUUGAAUUUCACACAUAAAAAGCCAACAGAUAUGAGGUUUGACUUUGUCCACACUGGACUCAAAUCAAAAAUUCCUCACAGCAGCUUUAAAUGUCUUUUUAUUUACUUCAGUGGUUCUCAACUGGUCUCACUCUGGGACCCACAUUUUCCUCUGGUCCUUGAGUCACGACCCACUUUUAUAAAAUUCAAAACCAAGCAAAUUUAUUCUUUUAUUUUACAAAACCUUUAAAGACUCUAAUCUUUAACAUAAAUCCACUUGUUUUAUUGAGUAAAGUGCACUUCAGAGGACUUGAAGGGACAACAUGAGGACAACAACUACUAAAGUUUCAUAUACAGAAAAUAUCAAAUAUCUAAUAAAUAUUAAAUAGAAUAUUCCUUUAUUGAUCCCCUAUGGGGGAAUUUUUUUGCCACAGCAGCAUCACAGACAAAGAUAGUGCAAAAAUGCAGUUAUAAAAAUAAAGAUCGUAAUAUUAAGAACUUAAAUGUUAUAAUUUAAAAAAAAUUAGAAAAAGGAAAAAGGGAGAAGAAAAUAAAACUAUGUACAAUAUACACAAUUUAAGUACCAGAAAAAAGUGGUGGUAUGAGUCCAGUUUUAUAUUUACAUUUUUGACCAUCCAGAACGUGUCGGGGACCCACUUUUGGGUCGGGACCCACCAGUUGACAACCACUGAUUUGCUUUAUUAACAACAACAUAACUGUGCCUUCAGAGAUAAACAGUAGAGCUACAACUAAGCAAGAAAAACAUACAAAGUGACGGAAAUCACUCCACUGUUACUAUUUUUAUCGAAGCCGUACCUCCGAUCACUCUGAUUAUCGUGUUUUUACAAAGUUACACAAGAAAAAAUCUCAUUCUUGUUUCUUCAAGUGUUUAAAUUGAUCAAUUAUUGGGUAGAAUAACAGCUGUUUCUGCAGAAUCCUGUUAUUCCACAUUAUAAUUAAUUUGAGUCUGUUUCAAAACAGUAAAAAAAUUACCUAGAGUAGCUUUAAAUAUCUCAUGUUACACACGAAAUACUGAUUAAAAAAUCUGACGAAGAGAACUAACCGGAUAAAAACUGACACAUUUCAGGCAAAAGAUAAUCACCUGUUUGCAGCAGCCAAUUACUCGUUCACACAUGAUGAUCGUCUGCGUAGAAUAAUCACUCAUUCACACCAGAAUCUUGUUUGCACAUCUUUUUUUUUUUUGCACAACAUAAAUAACUUAUUGGUGCAAGAUAAUUGAAUUUUUGAGCACGGUAAGCAAACCAUAAUUACUUUGUGGUGACGGAGAAUUACUUGUGCACAUGAGCCGAUAUUUAAACAAGUAGGAUUUCCAAUAAUAAUUAAGUAUGGCAACAAAAAGGCCUUGGAUGCUACAUUGGUAUGUUUGGAGAAUAGCAGCCAGUGGACAUAGGCCCUUACUGCAGUGAUUCACUUGUCUCUGCAGAGGUUUUUAUGGUUUAUUAUGUUCGAGGUUUCUUGCAGCUGUACAUGUUGUCUAACUCACUUCAGAUCCUGCGGAUCCGCAUCUUCUUCAGAAACUGGCCUUUAAUCCAAUCAGAGCGGUUAUUCUAUAAGACAUAUCCAUCAUGUGGAGUACAAGCAGAGACUAAUUAAAGCAUAAACAUGACCUUAACUCUCGUUGUAAUGGGAGUGAUUGAACUCCUCUGACACGUCAUUCAUCAUUUGUUUGUCUGUGUAAAUGUAACACAAACUUCUUAAUUACACUUUUCUCACAUCUGAUGACAUUUUCACACAGUUCGCAUGGAAACGCUUCAUUUCGCCUGCGGUAUUUCUCGGUGUAAAUUCACCUUCUGCACCUUUGUGUCUCCCAGCUAACCCUCGACAGAUCAGCCGAGUGCCUGUUUACAUCAGAGUGCUGGAUGUCAACGACAACGCUCCCACGUUCGCCACCAAUUACGAGACGUUUGUGUGCGAGAACGCUAAAGCUAAUCAGGUUAGUACCACUGAAAACAGAGCCGUCGUCAUGGUUUUAUCAGGACUCUGAGGAUGUGCGUCUGCUCACACAGCUGAUGUGUCUCAGUUUGUCGUUUAAAACUCCAAAUUCAGUGACAGUCCAGAAAGAAACAGCCUCUAGUUUCUUCUAAUUUUACAUCCAAACCAAAUAAACUUUAUCAGGAAGUGUAAUGACCUCAACUCUGACUUUUUAAUCUACUUCCUGUCAUAAUCAUCGUCUGAUGUCUGCACAGACAGCUGGUGCUCAUCAUUUAGUCAAAGCAGCACGUCUGCUGCUCCAAGAGCAAAAAGAGGAAAACCUCCGCUGCAGGUCAUGUUUCGACUUUUACUUAAAGAUCCUGUAAGGAGUUUUUAGCUGGUUAUAAAACAGACUGAAACUAAAACUAAUGUUUCUUUACGGCCUACAAAAUCAAAUCCAUCAUAACGAUGGCUCUUCUUUGGUUUUAUAUGAAGAAAAUGUUGCUGGAGGGUGGAUGUUAAAUAAAGUUAGAGACUGCAUCCUGCUGAGACGGCUUUUUUGUUUUACAUUUUCACCACAGAGGUUCUUGAGUUCAGAGACAGUUUGGCUUGUAUGAAUGUAAACGUAAAUGUUCUUUAUUUAUACAACAACCAAAGUGCUUUUCAAUACAUGGUAAAUAAAAAUGAAUUAAUAAAAACAAUAAAAAGCAAUAAAAAAAGAAUAAAGAGUCACCACGCUACAGGGCAUUAAAAGCCAGCAUAAAUAAAUACGUUUUUAAUCAGGAUUUGAAAAGGCUCAGGUCGGAAAUAAGUCAGUAAAACAACAUUAAGUGGAUUCUUUAAUGGUGUUUAAAGACAGCUACUAAAGCUAACAUAACGCUGCCACACUAUGUACCUUAAUCUGAUUAUUAUUGUCCACAAAUCAUGUCUGACACACUUUCCUUCUUCUUGAAUUUUUCCGGGUUUUUACCUUGAUUUUGCUGUCAGAAUAAAGCAGGAUGUGAUUUUUUGGUUAAACAAAAACAGGAGAAGAUGUAAGAGGCACUGCUUUGUCCACAGGGGGCGCCAAAACUGACUAAAAACAAGUGUUUCUCACCAGAGUUUUGAGCAGAUAACACAGAAUUUAAUCUUUAAAACCUUGAAUUUCAAAUAAUCAAGAUUAGAUGAGUUUAAGAUUGUUAUUGUCGUCUGAAUUUGACCCAAACUUCAUUAGAUGUUUGUGCAGGAACAAUCAGAUAACUGUGCUCUAAGGAGAGGCUGUUAAAGGUGCAUUUCAACUAUUACACUCUCCUCAAACACAUGUCGACGGUCCCUGACACUCUGUUUGAUUCCAGACUCCUUACUAUAUUGCAGCUGAUAUAAAGGGAGCUACUUUGGAGGAUAAAUCAGUAUUUAUUUUCUUGUAACGACCUAAAUCUGCAGAGGUUUGGCAUCAGUUUUGUACUGGUAAUAGUAAUAACAAUAAUAAUGCUAAUAUGAACUGCAUCUGCCCCCAAAAUCUAGAGGAGGAAAAGUAAAUAGUUCGCUCAAGUUGCAUAAAACCAAAAUUUGUUGGUGAUAAAAAUCUGUUUUCUCUCAGAAUUGUACCGAGCAGGGCGGUAAAAUACUCCUGCCGUCAUCACUGAGACGUUUUUUUAUUAUAUUUACUGAUGCAAGACGAGAAAUCCUGCAAACCAAACAUCAGGGCUGCUGGCUUUUAUGACUUGUCAGCUCGUGAUGAAGAGUUUGUCUUUUUAAAAUCCCCAAACUCCAAACUAUCACUUUAGGCUGAAUCAACAGCUGAUGUCACCAUUAAUAUGCAAAUACAGCCGCUAACAAGCCUCAGCUGUUGAUACUCACGUUAAUGAGAUUGUUUACAACGAGGGUAUCAGCCGACAUGAGGACAUCUUCUAUGAGACGACCACGAAAAGUGCGAACUGAGAGAUUUAAUUCACUGGAUUUUCCUAAAACAGUAUUUUAUUUUAAUUGUAUUUAUGACAAAACAUAUUAUAGAUAUUCAUGACUUUUAAUAACACACAAAAGUAAACAAGACUGAAUUUUUAAAACUGUUUUUGUCUGAAACUAUGAAGCAGUCUUAUUUUUUAAAUAAUUUUUAUGUUUAUUUACAAUAAAUAAAACACAUGACAUAAUGUGAUAAAUCCAUACUUAAGCAAGUAGCAGACAAGAGAAGUAAAAAUUCUGUCCACAAGGGGGCGCCAAAGUCGACACAACCCAAAGAUUUCGUACAGGAGCUUUAAGUGCCAUUUCUGACUGCUCACUUUAAACCUUUAUCGACACUUUACAUCUGAAAUACUGUGAAUUUACUGCGACUUUAUUGAUGUAAGAUUACAACAAGGCUUGAAGACCUCCGGCACGGUGCUGGAAAUCUAUCUCAGGAUUUUUUUUUCCUAAAUCAUGUCAAACAAACAAACAAAUAAAUUAUUAAAAAACCUUAGUUAGUUAGAUCAGAAUAUGACAGGUAGGCUGGAUAGUGUACAUCCUGCCGGAGAAAAACAAGAAGUGGAAGAAGAAAAACACAACCACCAAGCGGUAAAUUUCAAAUGAUGGAUGCUAGGUACAUCAAUCCAAGAGAAGAAACGGCAAUAUUGGAAGCUGGGCUCGGGCGGAAGAGGCUGGAAAAGAUGGAAAGCCUCUUGGUAGCUGGUGCUGAAAACUGAAAGAGCCAAGUGUUUGUUUUUGUGUGUCGUGCGCCGGAAAGCUUAUAAACGGCAGCAGUGGGAAAAAGUUUGGUAAAGUUGGAAAGACUCUGAGACGAAUUGUUGUCUAGACAAAAAUUACGCCUCUGUCAUGUCGUAAUAGCACAGACUACUGGCUACAAGAAUCAAAAACUGAUUUGUUUUGCCGUUCUUCAAGCUGGAUGAAUAAUACUGAUCUCUAUGGGCAGCUGGUAGCCGAGCGAGUGCGCAGGGACCGUCUGCAAAUUACGAUACAAGAGCAAGACGCCGCAAUAUAGCCGCUGUUAAACAGGAGAGACCCUAAAAUCACCGAACACACCAAGGGACUCUUCAUACUACAACAGCCGUUUUAGGAAAAUGUGCCUUUUUAUAAUUUUGGUGAAUUUUUAUUGUUAUGAAUGAUUAAUAUCUUCCAGUAUUAAUCAAUAGUUCUACUGUUGUAUAGUGUCAGCACCCCUGCAUAAAGAUUUUUCGAGCACACUUCACUCUCGUUAGAUUUCGAUUUUAUUUUUGUAACUUUACGACUUAAUUUACAGCUUUACUCCCUCAACUAGACGCCCUCAUGCUCCGACGAGAGAAAAGUUUAGAAAAGUUGGGACAGUGAUGAGUGGAUUAAAAACAGACGUGACUCUGCAGUGAAAGUCACCGCAUCUGUUCAAAACUGACCACCAAAGCGUUGUGCUUUGCCCAAUGAUUCCUGGCAGAUCAAACAUUAUUUUCUGGUUGGAGCGACGGCUUGAAUCGAGUUUUCUCAUUUUCUUACUCACCUGUUUGUUUCUUGCUUCAGAGGAUACAAACCAUAAGCGCCACGGAUCCCGACGAGCCUCUUGCGGGACACAGAUUCUUCUUCAGUCUGGCCCAGGAGGCUGCUGGGAAAGCCAACUUCUCAGUCCGUGAUAACAAAGGUGAUACAGACUCUGCGGUCAUCGGAUUAACUCUGAUCCUCUGUAUAAUGUUCCCAUAAGGCACUUAGACCUGUUGUUAAGGUUACCCAUCCACCGCUGUAAAGAUCCUGAUGCGAUUUCUCUCCACGCUGCACUAAAAGCACAUUCACAGACUCAAUGAAAUUCCUCGCAGACUUGAUUGAACAUUUCUUUCAGAUUAUUGAUUGCUGGGUUGUAACCGGAUACCUCGAUGUUUUCAGACAACACGGCCUGGAUCCUGACGCGGAGGAACAGCUACAACAGCCUGCAGAAGAGCAUCUACCACGUGCCGGUGGUGAUUUCAGACGGAGACUUCCCCAUGCAGAGCAGCACCAACACGCUGACCAUCAGAGUGUGCACGUGCGACCGCGAGGGGAACAUGAAGCUCUGCAACGCCGAGGCCUUCACGGCGCGGGCGGGGCUCAGCACGGGGGCCCUGGUGGCCAUUUUGCUUUGUGUCAUCAUUCUGCUCAGUGAGUACACACUCCGCAUGAGAGGAAUACCAAAUGUGGCUGCGGCUCAAUCAUGCAAACAUUUGUUUUUCCAAUAUGAUCCAUAUUCAGCCGGAUGGCUUGACUGAAAAUUUGAUUUCUUAAAGCGAUACACUCCAGCGCGUCCGUCUAUUUAUCGCUAAAUCUCCUCUCACAGGUGUUUAAGAGACAGGUUUGUAUUUCACCGUUUAAAUUGAUUCAUUUCUUCCUGUGGGCGGAAGAAUUUGCCGGUGACCACAGCUGACAUGUUAAUUUAAUUCAGGCAGCGAAUAUCUGCAGCAUCUCAGCCGGGGGAGGGAAGAUGGUGUUUUAUAAGAGCCGCACUUGUUGCUUCAAAAAGACACAGGUGUGGUUUAGCAGGCCGAGAAAAUACAUAAAGUCCUCGUCCAAGAAGUCGCCAGUUCGACUCAUGACCUUGACCCUUUGUUACGUGUAAUCCUCUUCUCCAAACGCCCCAGAAUCUUGGUGCUGGUCCGACAAACAGAACCCUGAGAGGGAUCUAAGAAUCCCUCCAGAAGAUGGUCAAACUGAUGGUCCAAGACUGACUGGAAAUCCAGAAACCACAUCUGAACUUUCUUGCUAUUUAAUGGUUUAGUUUAUUACCUUUCAAAAUAAAAGAAACUUUGACACUUUACACGAAACUAAACAUUCAUUUUUAUGACCUGUUAGGCAAGAGUGUAGAAGUAAUGUCAAAAUAAAAGCAUGUUUUUACUACUCAUGAAAUAAAUAUUCUUUCUAUCUAGCUAUAUGCAGGUGUUGCACAUACCAUUUCAAAAUAAAAGCAUGUUUAACAAGACAACAAAGCAAACAUUUAUUCUUUCUUUGGCAUAGUUGGUUUCAAAAUAAAAACCUUCAUUAUUUAUGAACUAAAACAUUAUUUCUGUCUAGCUUUGUGCAGGUAGUAUCUACACCAUUUCAAAAUAAAAGCACACAUUUAUAAUUUAUGAGAUAAAACAUUCUCCUUGUCUAUUUAUAUAUACAAAAUUUUAAUAGCAUUUCAAAAUAAAAGCAUAAUUUUGCAACAUGUGCAAUCAAAAAACCUUUGUUUUAGGUAAUUGGAAGUAAUUUUGCAUUUCAAAAUAAAACUAAUUUUUUAGGAUUCAUGGACUAAAACUUUUUUGUCUCGGCAUAUGUUGGUGUUGUGUAUGCCAUUUCAAAAUAAAAGCAUGUUUACACAAUUUGUGAAAUACAUCAUUCGAUUUGUCUACCUAUAUGUUAGUAUUGUAAAUGUUAUUUCAAAGUAAAAGCAUGUUUCUCAUAAUAAUUGAAAUUUAACAAUUAUUCUUUCUUGCAGCUAUACGGUAAUUUUAGUGUCACUUCAAAGUAAAAGCAUGACUAUAUAGUCUAUAAAAAACAUUUGUCCUGACUUGCCAUUAGCUGACAGUGUAUAUGUCAUUUCAAAAUAAAAGCACCUUUGAACAGACCACCACUCGACUCAAACUGAGACGCUAAAGCUAGACUUCACUGCUACAGCUUUCACUUCAGCUCAGGUCAUCUUUAAGAGAUGACAGAUAUACAUUUCAAAAUAAAAGCAUGUUUUCACAAACAGAGGACAGCCACCUCGCCUCAAUUUAUUCGAUUUUGUUGUUUUCAUCAAAGUUUUCGACACAAAACGCAAAAGUACAAUGAGUUUUUUGUCCUUAACAAUCAUGACAUGAGCUGUGACACUGCGACGGACCGACUCAUCUCACGUCAGAAAAGCACAAGUCCUCAGAGAAAAAAACAAAAAAACAGAUUAAACCAGAAGAGAAAAAGACAGCUGUUAUUUAUAGAUAAAACUAUUUCCUGCUGCAGCUGCAUUAGCUCAGGGAGCGUUUUUUACUACCUGUCGAGCAGGUCCCUUCACAGCACAGAUGUUUUAGUGCUCCUCAAUCAUCUCAGAGUAUUGACAAGCUGUCCUCUCAAGGAUAAAAAAGCAACUGCAGUUUAGGGAAAGUUAUGUCGGCGCCAUGAAAGGCUUAUAUUCAAUUUCUGAAGCCUUAAGAAGUAUGGAGCUCGUAAAAGAGACCUACAAAAUAUUUCCUUGAAAGGUGCCGGUUUAAGAACAAGGUGAAGAUCAGAUGGCCCAGACUUUUAUAUUCUAUUUAAAUUGCGUUGCAUUCGGCUAGAGGAAUAUGUUUUUCCGUGUUCAGUCUGUCUAGCAGCUAACGCUCCAUCUGACCUGAUCCAGGUGAUGAGCAGAGUGUCAUCUAUGUCAUGGCGCCACGUUGUGUUUCUAGCAAACAACGCUCCGUCUCUGCAAUCCUCUGUGAUCCUAAGUAGCAGUGGCCCCGAGGAGAGAGAAAAUACAUAAUGCAUCCUCGUGGUAGCUCAGCCUGUUCUACAAAGUCAGACAAAGUCCCUGAACAUCAGUGAACGCUCAUGCAACAUCGACUAUUCCCCCCGGACGCCGGCUGGCCUUCAGAACAAGGAGAAGGAGCGAAGAAACAACAGCUAAAGUCACCCAACUCUGUUCCUUCUUUGUUUUCUCUCCUCCCUGCAGUGAUCGUGGUGCUGUUCGCCGCCCUGAGGAGACAGAGGAAGAAGGAGCCUCUGAUCAUCUCCAAAGAGGACGUCAGAGACAACGUGGUCAGCUACAACGAUGAAGGCGGCGGAGAGGAGGACACGCAGGCCUUUGAUAUCGGCACGCUGCGGAACCCGGAGGCCAUCGAGGAGAGCAAGCAGCGGAGAGACAUCGUCCCCGAGACCUUCUACCCUCCCAUUCGGCGUCCUGUUGCACCCCCGACUCGGGACAAUAACGGGGACGUGAGAGACUUUAUCAACCAGAGGCUCCAGGACAACGACAGCGACCCGACGGCGCCGCCUUACGACUCCCUCGCCACCUACGCCUACGAGGGAAACGGCUCCGUAGCCGAGUCCCUCAGCUCGCUUGAGUCGGUGACCACCGAGGGCGACCAGGACUACAACUACCUGAGCGAGUGGGGACCGCGGUUUAAAAAACUGGCGGACAUGUACGGCGGCGACGACAGUGACAGGGAUUCCUAACCGAGAGCGUGGCACACGGUCGAGGAAAGAUAUUUGAAAUGUUGAAAACACCCGGGCAAUUCUGGCUCAUGUGUGGCAAGGAAAAUGGCGAAAAAGGACCUAGAAAGGAGCGCUGAGCUCUUUCACCGCCAUCGAUCACCGUUCAGUUGUCCCUCCAGGUGACCAGACGUAGGCUUUGUGUGUCCAGUCAGUGUUAGUUGCGUUUUUGCGAGGGUGCAGUAAAAACAGACUUUUUUUUGUGUGUACAUGGGUAAACAAAACGCCCAAAUAUAUCUAAACCGACAUUCUCUCUCUCUCUCUUUUUUUUUUCGUUUUUCCAAAGCUGCGUGCGACGGACACUUUCAACGAGCAGUUUUGUAAACCAACAGAUAUGCCUAUGUAUUUUUCAGUGUUUCUGGGACAACAACAUGCUGCAUAUUGUGAGUUCUAUCUUAGCUUGUGUACGUAUGGUAAUAUGAAACAUUACGCUGUACAGUUGUUUUGUUUUUACAGGGAUUUCUAUGGUCCAGAUGACCCCGCCCCCUUCUCCUCUCAGCAAUGGCGGCCUCACAUUAGCCACUUAGCUCCAUCUGGAAGUGCUUCAAAAAUAAGAAAUAUCAUCACUGAUUGGACGGUAGAGGUUCGCAUCAUCGUAACUGGGUAUACGAGUACCAUGACUUUUGGGGGUGGGGCUUACAGCGCCAAAUCAUCUCUUAGGAGCAUUCGGUGUGAAAACAUGUUCAUAUUCCAGCGGGCUGACUCACCCAAAAGAGUCUAAAGAAACAGUUCCUGGAAUUCUGUUUCCGGGGACUAAAGGUCCUUUCACACCAAGAGCGUUUUUGUCGUGCGAUUAUUUCCGACGUCAAUAUUUUUUUUCGUAUCCUGUCAAUACAAGCGUUCACAUCAGCGAUGUUUUCCCGUCCGAUAUCGUGGCGUUUAUAUUUGCGUAUCACGGUCGAAUUUUCUAAAGUUUAAUAUUCUGUGUGUCCACUUCUGACCAAUCAGAUUUCGUGUUGUUGCGACGUCAGAUUCGACCAGCUGAUUGUUUACGUGUCGGAGAACAGAGUGAUUUUUGAUAAAAGACACAAAUAUUACAAAGAAAACGUCCUGAAGGACAACUUGUGGAGAGUCAAAGCGUCGGAUCUCUCAUAUGACGAUGGUUUGUGUGCUUUAACAGUUUGCUAAACGUCUUUGUUUUAACUUUCAUCUGUGCUAAGUAACUUUAGCUCAUAAGCUAACCUGUUCAGAUACAACAUACCAUAUGUAUUUUCACUGUCUCAGCACCAUCAGGUCUCGGUUGUUACCUUACGUUUAUGGGGGAGGUGGUCUGCGUCUUGUUUCCCCCCGGAAAGUCGCAAAAUCGCAUCACGCUUGAUGUGUACAGUCAGGUGCGUCAAAAUUUCGCGUUGUAUAUUUGCGUCGUUCCCGGUGUGUAAGGACCUUUAGCUCUUCGGUGUGUUAGGUGGAAAUGUGACUCUAGUUGUUGCACAUUGCUGAUGAUAAGUGGCGAUGGAAGGAUGUGGAUUUUACAGCCACAAUAAAAAUACCUUUUGUCUUUUGUUUUUGUACCUGAGUUUGAGUUUUCAUCUCCGCACAGCUUUGGAGCAUUCGCUGUGAAGUGAGCCGAAAAUACCAAAUAUUUCUUUAUCGAGCUGAAUGUCUUCAGAAACAUUUCCGAGGUGCGGCCGACUCUUUGGCUGAGAAAUGAACUCGGCGGGACAGUGUUAUUUUCUAUCAUAUAUUGAUAAAAAUCACCAAUCUCAUGUGCAGCCGGCUCAGUUAGAGGAAAAUGCCGGUCCUGCUGGGACUUUUACGCUUCCUCCCCUCUACAAAUGUGUAAACGUGUCACUCUGUGCAGCAGGUGCGAGUCAAAGUCAGAGCGGCUCCCGCUGCUGAAAAACACCACCAGACUCGAAAAGCACGGCGUCAAAUCAGAAUGAAUGGAGGGCUGCUGUUAAAAUUCAUUAUGCAAUUUUAUUUUCUUGUCCUAAAUGGUUCAUUUAAUCUGCUCGGGUGAUUAAGGAAUACAAGAAAGUGGAAUUGAAAUGGAUGUAGUGACUGACACUAAUGGGAAAAUUAAACAUGUUCAAAAUUUGACUGUCAUUUCACACAGUGUGACGUUGGAGGAGGAGAUGAUCGAGAUAGUUGCCUUAAAUUAUUGGAACACGUGCGUACAGUAAGACAUGGCUGAGAGACUCUAAAACUAUAACAGUAACAAAAACAUGAGCGGCUGUGAAACUGCAGCUAAAACUUCCCUGAACAGGUCACAUGAUCAUCAUCGUGACAACGUUUCUCCCUCGCCCUGUUUCCUAUAAAUGUCAGUGACUUUCUCAGAGUCUGCAGGAGCUCCUUUUAGUUCAGGCUCUUCCUACAUACAGUAUAAACAAAACACCUUUUUCUCUUUAAAUGGACCCUUUAUAACGAGACAUGUUGGCCUUAUUGGAUUUUCGUUAUCUUUUAAACGUAUGUCUUCAGACAAGCAUCGUAGUGUGAUGCGGUUUGUCGGUAUUUGGAUCUCAAAUCUUCAUCUUUGCCGGUAAAAAAUGAAGGAUUUUCAUCUACAUUUACCUGACAAAUCGAGAUAAAUGUCUUAUUUCAAGAAAGUAAAUCCUAAAAACAACGAAGGAAAGAAAACAUCUCACUUUGGACGUGUAAUCUCCUGAAAAUAAGAGAUUUUUUUCACAAUUUGUGAUGUGAAAUUGGCAAAAAUUAGGCGUAAUAAGACAAGAAAGAAAAAAACACCAAGAAUUGAGGGUUUUUUUGCAGUCAAAUGGAGAUAAAGUUGCAUGUGCGUCUGGUUAAACUGGUAUUACUCAGCUGGGAGAAUGCAGAACCAAAGUUUGACAUUGUUAAUCUGCAUGAAAAUCCAAAAGCUGCUGAUGCUCGCUCUGCUAAAGGUCGACACACACCCAAAUAAACCGAUCCGACAUCAGUUAUCAGACACUGUGAUCUACAGUUAGCUGUAUAAACUAAACUAGUCUCAGUUUUGAUUAAACUCUGAGUCUCUUUACACUCUUCAGUUUGUCCGAGUUUUAGUUUUCGUUGAAACAACCAGGAAGUAAUCUCUUCGGUAGGGUGAUCUAACUCUGAAUUGCUAAAAAGAGGACACUACUACGCGGGGCGGAGUCACGUGCAAAAUUCUAGCUCAGUUAGUCCACUCAAAACUUCUAUACAAAACCCCGGACAUUUGAAGGAUUUUAUAAACUCCUCCAUACGUGCGUACAGCCCCCCAAAAAGAGGGUAAAAGAGGAGGUACGUAUGGUCACCCUGCUCUUCAGGGCACUUCCACUGGACCUCUGUGAAAGCUUCACAUGCAGAGAAACGUGCCGACUCGAGUUUAAAGCUGCUUUCAGAGAACUUGGUUUUCAAUUUUUCUAAAAAUGUAGAUUUGCAAACAAAAGACAGCUGAUCCACAAAGGUCAACAUGUCACAAGAGACUGAAGCCUGCACUUGUUUUGAUGAUUUCGGGUCCUAAGAGCGGCUCUGUCCUGCACGGUUGAAUGUAAAGUAACGGAACAAAGCGCCGCCGCAGUCGUGGGAAUGUGCCAAAAAGCGAAGGACACCAGUAUUUUAUCCCCUCUCUGUACUCCGUCCGCCUCCCUUCAUUACAUGUACUGUAUGUAGUCUUGAACAUAAAGCCAGUCUGAGUGUUGAGGCUUUACCGCACUGAUUUCCUGAGGGACGAGCAGCUUUCUCCAUAAAGGAGGCUUAUCAAGGAGCACCUGACCUUUGAGCGUCGAGGAAUAAGGUUCUUAAACCCAGAGGUGUGUCCUCGGCUCAGAGAGAAGGUCAGGACAUUAUCCUGCAGCCACAACACACACGCACACACGCGCUCAUCAGUCCAGCUUUUUAAUGCGAUUCAAGGAAAAAAAACACAAAAACAAAUAUAAAAAAAAAAAAAAAGCAAUAUCGUCAAAUUACUUUAAGACCUCCGGAAUAUGAAUAUUUCAAAAUAAGUGGGCUGGUUGGAGUGUGAUAUCAACAGGAGGCUAAAACAAGCUGUGCCCUCACUUUAGCGAAAGGCCAACCUGUGAAGAGGCUGACAUUUAUCAGACAUUUGAAACAGUAAUAACAAAACACAACAGCAUAAUUGCCACUUUUUCUCUCUGUGCUCCACAUCAGCCGUGAUGCAGCACAUUAAACAAUCCAAUUGAUAAAAAACACAAUAGUUGGAAAAUUCUUUAUGCUCGCUGAUUGUGUACACGUUGCCCCCUUGUUUUCUUUAUUAGCUUGUUGCCGGAGCUCCUAUUGUGGAAGUGGCCGUUUUCAGACUGCGGCAAUGUUGCAGUGAUAAGCAUUUAAUGGGUUUAGAAACCCCUUCACUCGCUUCUCUGCCUCGAGGUACAACGUGAAGUCUCAAAUGGAAAUCAACAUGACAGCUGCACUUGCGAAAAAAAGCAUUUCUUCCUCCGGUCUUCACUAUUUUUCUGUCUUCAUGCAAAGUGUCAGCGUAUCGCCAUUACAGAGACGUACUUGUGUUUUCCUAUGGAGAGUGUAAUUGCCUCCGAGCGCUGGCGCCGUGCUCGGCUAAGAUAACAGGAAAAUGUUGCACAUCGUAGCGUACUGCGACGCCACGUCUGUGGGGGUUGAAUUUUUGAGUUGCAGCGGCUUAAACGGUGAUGCUGAUGUCCUCUUUUUCUCCACAUACGAUAGAUCUGUGGUUGUUGGUGUGUAGAAACGGUCGGCCGCGGGGCUCACCUCUACUUCUGUUGGUGACAAUGUGAUUGAGCAGUGGAGUUUUGUCAAUGUAGAAACAGUCUGAGAGGUCGUGGUAGUGUAAGGGGGCCCUGAAUCAUCGGCCAUUCAUCAAUCUGCUUUGUAAAACGUGAUAUUUUGUACUGAAUAUUUAUAUGACACGAUUAAAUAUCUUUAAAAUCAGCCUCUCUGCUUCCUUUGUGAGGUUUUCUUACACAAACAUGAUCGAACAGCUGGACGGGGAAGGAGUUCAUGGGAAAUUGUGUUUAAUGUUGAGAUUCUGAUGGUUUGAAUAUGAUAUUUAGUAGGAGAAUAGAGCAAAGACAACACGCUGAAUGUUGAAAAUGUCGGAGAAUUCAUUAUUUUAUACUUGUUUUGAUACUGGUGCAAUUAGCAUGUUUCAAAAAAGUUUGGAAAACUCUGAAAAAGUUGUGCAACUUUAAAAAAAGUCUCGAGGAACAUCUUGUGACUCAUUACAUCAAUUUAAAACAUGCCUACAAAUAAAAAUGUGAGAGCCUAUGUGAACAAACAGUUCAGCGAAAGUGUUCCCGAGUGCAAAGAUGCUAAAAAAUUGAGGAUUUCAUCAUCUGGAGUUCAUAAUAUCGUUAAAAGAAUCAGAGAAUCUGGAGAAAUCUCGGCACAAAAGGGACAAGGAGGCCAAAAAACAGCCCCCCAGACCUCGGGUCCUGGACUAUGUCACUUUAUCCUAGUUGUAGAAGUCCUGCAAACAUUGUGUUUGCUGGCAGUCUGUUGGCAUCUACAGUAGCACCAAUGCUUUUGACUUUCACAUUGACUGGGCCUGGAAUGAUAUGAGUGAGCAGGAGCGUCUGUUUGUGGGCGGGGCUUGCUGGAGCAGAGAGGGAGGGGAGAGGAGGAGCUGAGGGGAAAAACUGGUUGGGAGGGGUAGAGUUUAUAUUCAAGAUUUCUCCUAAAAACUGGCACUUCAUCAGAUCCUGACUACCCCACCUUUAAGUCUGUAGAGGAAAUCACCACAUGGGAUUGAAAACCACAGAGUAAACACAACUUAAAAUGCAACUUAAAACUGUACUGAGCAAAUAAGACUCUGUGAUUAAACCUUGUCCAGAAACAAACCUGAUAAUGUGACACUCUCUUUGGAGAUCAUGGAAACUCCAGGGAUCAGCGUCUGUAACAGUAUGAGGAUGAAAAAGUGACCGUGGCUCGGCUCAUUUCCACACCUGGGAAAGGUUUAAGAAUCACAUUCAGGCACUUUUUCAGGUAAGAGUUUUUCAGGUUCAGAGUCACCAAACUACAUGUUGCACUAAUGUAUAAAAACAGUCUGGCUCAGUAGUAGAAGAGUCCUGCUGCUGCUAAACUGAACAUAACAUCAUAAAACCAAAAAUACGACCAGAAACUGGUAUCAGAAUUUAAAUGAGCUUUAGUUAUUUUCAUUUUAAAGAGAUUUUUAAACCAUCCUAUUCUGCUUUCAUGAGCAUUUUAACAUGUCCCAAAUCGUGAGGAAUCAGGACCAAACAGAGGGUUAAUGAUGUGACAGGUUUAUUUACUUAUGUAGUGACUCCUCUGUCUUUUCUCCGCAGCUAAACAGACAAUAAUUCAGCUUUUAUCUUGGAGUGUGAGAGCAGCUACAGGCAGCUGGCAGGAAAUUUACUCUCUCCACAUGCAUGUGUGUUUAAUCUACGAUAAAUCAGAAUUAAAAAAAGAAGAAAAGACCCACCUCUACAUGUCAGAUAGUAAUAUUCAUACGACGGCUGUUGUUAAAUAGCUGGAUCCAGAGGCUACUGAGCUGAGGAAAUUGUUAAUUAGACAAUCUAUAAUUAAGAUCUGUCAGACAGCCAAUCGGAUUUGGAGAGAGGUUUAAAAAAAACUGUGAGGGGGGGUGAAAUCCACAUUUUGAUUAUUAGAGGAUGAGUGGCAGAUGUGAGACAGCUGGUGACAUUGUCGUUAUUGAAAAUAAUUGAGUCUGUUUUAGGCCUCUUAGCAGAGAACUAAUCAGGUGAGGAUUGUGAUAAAAGCAAAAUAAAUCUGAUUUUUAACAUGAUCAAAACUUUAUUUACAAGAUCAGCUUUAUUUAUUCUUUCCUACUUCAUUAAAACACGUUUUCCUCUUUAUUCGGCGAGUGUCGGUACACUGCGCUCUUAUCCUGCUGUUGUUUUGCAUUUAAAAGUGAAUUCAAUUAUUAAAGACGAGACAACAAACAAACAUAAGACGACAUAAGGCCAACUUUGACAGCUCUACAGAACUUAACAGCAUAAAACAUGAAGACAUCUUGAUGCUUCUCCGACUCUGUCUGCCGUCUGUCUGUCCCACUUUGACUUUGAAAAUCAUGGACCAGACUCGUACUUGGUAGAAAUCUUACAGUUAAAAGUCUGAGAAAACUAACUUAUCUUCAUGUACGGUGGCCCGGGAGGUAAACUGCAAAAACAUUUCAAUGAACCCAAAAAACCUUCAACAAACACAAAUUUUUUUCAUAAAAUACUGCAGUAAAGUCAUGUGGCUCUAAGGGUAAACCACACAAAUAUUUUAUGACCUUUCAAACAUCAAACACAAAAGUGAUUCACAAAACAAAAAAUGUACAAAAGAUGCUAAAAAACUGUUGUGGUAUAUGAAUGUUUCAUUAAACACAAAGAAGUUUGACAUAGUGCACAAAUGUGCAUUAUCAGUGAAAUGCAAAAAUAUUUGAAUGAAUGUAAAAUAAAAAAACUAAAUUUUUUUUCCUAGAAUGAAGAAAAUAUUGAAUAAACUGAAAUGUUUAAACAAACCAAAAAAAUGUUAAAUAAAAGGAAAAAAUAUUUAAUAUUAAUAUAUUUUUUCGCAUUUUGUGUUUUUUCUUGACAUAUUUCUUAAGUAUGGAAAAUGUUU